AUGGAAGUGCUAUUGCAAGGUGACCAGCAGCUGCGGUAUCAUCCACAGCCCGCUAUAUAAACGCUAGUUAUGGUUCAUAAUGUGCUGAAACCCUCCCAUAUGUUGUUACUACUCCUGCUGCUUUUAGAACUCUUUGACAUACACACACACACACACACACACACACACACACACACACACACACACACACACACACACACACACACACACACACACACACACACACACACACACCACACACACACACACACACACACACACACACACACAUACACACACACACUCACACACACACACAUACACACACACACACACACACAUACACACACACACUCACACACACACACACAUACACACACACACACACACACACACACACACACACACACACACACACACACACACACACACACACACACACACACACACACACACACACACACAGAGAGAGUUUAAGAAUCCCUAUGAAUAAUAACAAAACAAACAGGCAACUGUCAGACGUUAAAUCCUUUACUCUGCCAGACGUUAAAUCCUUUACUCUGCCAGACGUUAAAUCUUUUACUCUGUCAGACGUUAAAUAUUUUACCCUGUCAGACGUUAAAUCCUUUACUCUGUCAGACGUUAAAUCCUUUACCCUGUCAGACGUUAAAUCCUUUACCCUGUCAGACGUUAAAUCCUUUACUCUGUCAGACGUUAAAUCCUUUACCGUCAGACGUUAAAUCCUUUACUCUGCCAGACGUUAAAUCCUUUACCCUGUCAGACGUUAAAUCCUUUACUCUGCCAGACGUUAAAUAUUUUACUCUGUCAGACGUUAAAUCCAGACGAGUGUCUAAGUGUUUCAUGAUGUUCUGCAGUCUGAACAUCUUUGAUGAUACCGUUGAUGGGUUUUAUUACUCCACCCAACACAAACACAUAUAUUCCCAAGGGGAUGUAUCCAAACAAAGAGCGAGGUGUAACCUCUACACAAUACACAGGACGAGACCCGUAAACAACAAGAGCACAAUACACGGUACUCAGGAGACCAACAGACAUGGGACAAUAAUGGACAAGGACAAUGGGGAACAGAGGGCACAUAUAUACACAUACUACUCAGGGGGAAUGGGAACCAGGUGUGGUAAUGAGACAGUCCGGGGUUGGUGGUAAUGAACCAGAUCAGUGACGCCUAGAAUGCCGGUGACGUAUACCUCCGGAGCUGGUGAACGGAAUGAGCCCCCCCCCCCAAGUGUCCAGGAUGUCCAACACAGAAACCAAGCACCCCUCCCAGUCGAUGAGGUACUGGAGAUGCCCCGCCCGAUGCCCCGAAUCCAGGACUUCACGGACCGAGUACGCCGGACCGGGGUGUCACUGGGUCCAACCUCAGCGAGGGGACCAGGCACCACUGGCCUGAGGAGAGACACAUGAAAAGUGAAAAGCCGGGUUAAUGCGUUCAACAGCAGGGAGUUGCAAAUGGUACGUUAUCUCAUUAACCCUCCUCAGGACUUUAAAUGGCCCCACAAACCGCGGGCUCAGCUUCUGGCAGGGCAAGCGUAGGGAAAGGUUCCGGGUGGAGAACCAGACCCGGUCGCCUGGAGAGAAAACAGGUGCCUCACUGCGGUGACCGUUGGACUGUUCCUUGUGCCGAUGCACGGCCCGCUGGAGAAGAGUGUGCGCAGCGUUCCAGAUCUCCUCAGCGCGCCAAAACCACUCAUCCAUCGCAGUUGCCUCGGUCUGGCUCGGAUGCCAAGGUGCCAGGGCCGGCUGAUACCCCAACACGCACUGGAAAGGAGUGAGGUUUGUGGAGGAGUGGCGGAGGGAAUUCUGUGUGUACUCAGCCCAAGGUAGAAAAUCCACCCACUCCCCCGGCCGGCCCUGACAGUAACACCUCAGGAUCCUGCCCACUUCCUGAUUGACCCUCUCCACCUGCCCAUUAGCUUGAGGAUGGUACCCAAAGGUGAGAAUGACCGUGACCCCCAGGCGUUCCAUGAAUGCUUUCCAUAUGCGUGAGGUGAACUGAGGACCAUGGUCUGACACAAUGUCCUCCGGGAUCCCGUAGUGCUGGAAGACGUGAUUAAAAAGAGCCUCCAUGGUUUGACGGGAGCCCAGGCAGAGGAAGGAGGCGACAAGCUUUGGAAAACCGGUCCACAACGACGAGAACGGUGGUGUUCCCCUGGGAGGGGGGAAGGUCAGUGACAUAGUCCACUGAGAGGUGAGACCAGGGUAGUUGUGGAACCGGCAGGGGAAGGAGCUUUCCAUAAGGGAGGUGUCUGGGUGUCUUAGACUGGGCACAGAUGGAGCAGGAAGACACGUAAACCCGGACGUCCCUAGCCAAGGUGGGCCACCAGUACUUCUCAGUCAGGCAGGCGAUGCUACGGCCUAUCCCAGGAUGAUGGGGAUCUCCUCUUCCUGCCUCUCCUCUGCCUGGGUUGGAGCAGGGGAAUUCCCUGGCUUGACAUCUCCUUGCCUAUUAGUGGAUAGAGGGCAGGUCGGGGAGAAAUUACCUAUUUCUCCACCAUAGGAGCAGAGGCCCAGAUUCCUCCUUCUCCUACGCUCUGCCUCCGGCAAACGUGCAGAGCCCACCUCCAACGGCUCUUGCCACGAAGCAGGUGUAGCCACGGGCUUCGGAUUCCGCGCAGGUCUUCGUCGGGACCACAGGAGGUUGUCCAACCGGAUCGCCAUGCUGAUAAGCUGGUUAGCCUGUCAUCACGGCAGGCUAACUCCAUCUGUACCUCAUCCUGCAGUCCGCUGCGGAACAAGGUGACCAGAGCCGACUCAUUCCAUCCGGUGGAGGCCGCGAUGGUUCGGAACUCCAGGGCGAACUCCGAGGCGGUCCUAAAUCCCUGGCCUAGUCGGAGUAGACGCUCACCCCCCUCUUGGCUCUCAACAGGAUGAUCAAACACCGAGCGGAAGAGGAGGGUGAAGCGCUCGUAGGAAUCAACCUCGGGUCCGCUCAUUUCCCAAACCGCGGCACCCCAGUCCAGGGCCCGUCUGGUCAGUGCCGAGAUGACUGUGGCAACCUUGUCUCUCACGGAGAUAUCCUCGGCAUAGUGAGCGAGGUACAGGUCGCAUUGCAGAAGGAAUCCCUUGCAUCUCGCUGGCGCGCCGUCAAAGCGCUCCAGGAAGGACAGGGGUAUUCCAAGGACAAUUGGUAACAGAGGACACAUAUAUACACAAACUAAUCAGGGGGAAUGUGAACCAGGUCUGCGUAAUGAGACAAGACUGUCCCGGGUUGUUGGUAAUGAACCAGAUCAGUGACGCCUAGAAGGCCGGUGACGUAGACCUCCGGAGCUGGUGAACGGAAUGAGCAGCAGUACCGGGGGGAUCCGUGACAGCUUGUAUUUCAACAAGACUCUGAUUUAAUGGUCUCCUCGAAUCUAAGCCGGAAAAUACGUCAGAAGUGCAAACGUCAGAGACGCAUUUUGCAAAUUUACAAUUAAAUUUAUUGAAUUGUCAAGGCAUUGUUUUUUAUUUACAUUCAGGCUUAUCGCGCAGUCGGAGCUGACAACUUCACAAAUCUAGUCUUGGUGAUGUGAGGUCAUUUGACAGUUGAUUUGUCAAAUGGCAAUAUAUUCCCCCAUUCAGAGAGAAAUGUAGAAGCUGUGCCUCCAUGAUUAAAAGCAGAACCAGACGGGGCAGCAGCAUAGUCACUCUUAUGCCAUACUUUGGAAUGAUUAUUUUCUUUCAGUGCUUUUAUUUCAGUUUAAUUUGAAUUCCGUUCCAAUGAUAUAUAUGCAUGAUGUAUUUUGCUAAUGCACAACACGCCCAUGAAAAGUGCCUGUCGGGUUAAUUGUAGCAGAUUACUGAGAUGCAUGCUGAGAUUUCUGUCUGUUUUCAUAGAAAGAGAGCAAAUCCUGGAGGAGAGGUCCCUUGCUGUUAUAUCCCAUGGCAACAUGGUAGUUCAUGUUACACAUAUAGUUCACCUAUAGGGUCCAUAGGGGCUCUGGUCAAAAGUGGUGCACUUUGUUGGGAAUAGGGUGCCAUUUGGGACACAGCCAUUGGGUAUUUACAGAGGAGCAGUUUGUCAUUCAAUAUUUAUGAACAUAUGAACUACAUCUAUUAAUAGAAUAAUGUAUUAAAGUAAAGCAGAUUAUGAGGAGUUUGGUUUAUGUUUCUAAAGCCCAAACCAAUCUCUCCUGGUUGGUGGCACAGUUCAGUUCUGACGGAGUCUGUGUCCCAAAUGGCACCCUAUGCUCUGUAUAGUGCAGUUCUUUUAACCGGAGCUCAUAGGGCGCUGGUCAGAAGUAGCACACUGCAUAGGGACGAGCGUGCUAUUUGGGGUGCAGUCUGAUUAUACAACAAGCCGACCAACAACACACUGUUCAUCAGAUAGAGUGUGACUGGUGUACUAAAGACCUGGCUGUUCACAGCAGGGUGUGGGUUCUCUCCUCUAUGAGGCUGCCUGGCUGUUCCCAGCAGGGUGUGGGUUCUCUCCUCUAUGAGGCUGUCUGGCUGUUCCCAGCAGGGUGUGGGUUCUCUGCUCUAUGAGGCUGUCUGGCUGUUCCCAGCAGGGUGUGGGUUCUCUCCUCUAUGAGGCUGUGUGGCUGUUCCCAGCAGGGUGUGGGUUCUCUCCUCUAUGAGGCUGUCUGGCUGUUCCCAGCAGGGUGUGGGUUCUCUCCUCUAUGAGGCUGUCUGGCUGUUCCCAGCAGGGUGUGGGUUCUCUCCUCUAUGAGGCUGUCUGGCUGUUCCCAGCAGGGUGUGGGUUCUCUGCUCUAUGAGGCUGUCUGGCUGUUCCCAGCAGGGUGUGGGUUCUCUCCUCUAUGAGGCUGUCUGGCUGUUCCCAGCAGGGUGUGGGUUCUCUCCUCUAUGAGGCUGUCUGGCUGUUCAAAGCAGGGUGUGGGUUCUCUCCUCUAUGAGGCUGUCUGGCUGUUCCCAGCAGGGUGUGGGUUCUCUCCUCUAUGAGGCUGUCUGGCUGUUCCCAGCAGGGUGUGGGUUCUCUCCUCUAUGAGGCUGUCUGGCUGUUCCAAGCAGGGUGUGGGUUCUCUCCUCUAUGAGGCUGUCUGGCUGUUCCAAGCAGGGUGUGGGUUCUCUCCUCUAUGAGGCUGUCUGGCUGUUCCCAGCAGGGUGUGGGUUCUCUCCUCCAUGAGGCUGUCUGGCUGUUACCAGCAGGGUGUGGGUUCUCUCCUCUAUGAGGCUGCCUGGCUGUUCCCAGCAGGGUGUGGGUUCUCUCCUCUAUGAGGCUGUCUGGCUGUUCCCAGCAGGGUGUGGGUUCUCUCCUCUAUGAGGCUGUCUGGCUGUUCCAGCAGGUGGGUUCUCUCCUCUAUGAGGCUGUCUGGCUGUUCCCAGCAGGGUGUGGGUUCUCUCCUCUAUGAGGCUGUCUGGCUGUUCCCAGCAGGGUGUGGGGUUCUCUCCUCUAUGAGGCUGUCUGGCUGUUCCCAGCAGGGUGUGGGUUCUCUCCUCUAUGAGGCCUGUCUGGCUGUUCCCAGCAGGGUGUGGGUUCUCUCCUCUAUGAGGCUGCUGGCUGUUCCCAAGCAGGGUGUGGGUUCUCUCCUCUAUGAGGCUGCCUGGCUGUUCCCAGCAGGGUGUGGGUUCUCUCCUCUAUGAGGCUGUCUGGCUGUUCCCAGCAGGGUGUGGGUUCUCUCCUCUAUGAGGCUGUCUGGCUGUUCCCAGCAGGGUGUGGGUUCUCUCCUCUAUGAGGCUGUCUGGCUGUUCACAGCAGGGUGUGGGUUCUCUCCUCUAUGAGGCUGCCUGGCUGUUCCCAGCAGGGUGUGGGUUCUCUCCUCUAUGAGGCUGUCUGGCUGUUCCCAGCAGGGUGUGGGUUCUCUCCUCUAUGAGGCUGUCUGGCUGUUCCCAGCAGGGUGUGGGUUCUCUCCUCUAUGAGGCUGCCUGGCUGUUCCCAGCAGGGUGUGGGUUCUCUCCUCUACUCUCAUCUCUCCUCUCUCUGUCAGUCCAUUUGUGACAAGCUGAUUUUCAUGCGCUAUGAGGUGGUCCUGUAUGGAUCAGUUGGUAGAACAUGGCAUGAUUGUGUGUUCGAUUCCCGGGGCAACCAAUACAAAAAAUGUAUGCACACAUCUCUGUAAGUCCCUUUGGAUGAACUCGUCUGCUAAAUUCCAAAUAUGAUGCCCUGAAUGCAGCCAGAGACAGCCAUCAUGGUGCUCUAUGAUGAUAUAAGUCACUCCUCUGGUCUAUCUGAGCGUGAAGAUUACUUUAUGAUGACGUGGUCCGUAGAAUCAGAAUAGGAAAUAGAUGUUAUUGAUCUAUGAUGGGGUCUUCUCUCAUCUCAAGGCCUCCUCUCAUCUCAGACUUUCAUCAAUAGCUGCUGCUAUGUCCUCAGAAGAAUGAUCUUUCGGAUCAAGGAGUUACUCGACUACUUUCAUAGCGUGUCCCAAAUUGCACCCUAUUCCCCAUAUAGAGCCCUAUGGGCCGUGGUCAAAAGUAGUGCACUAUAAAGGGAAUAGGGUGCCAUCUGGAACACUCCCGUCACUGUGACAGUCAGUCUUUCAUAUAUAGUCCUAUUAGCCUGAUGUGGGAGUUCUGUUAAAUUGGGUCAAUCAGAUCACACUCAGUACACACGGCGGUGCAUUCAUGAUCCUCGAAUAAACCUCCUUCAGAGCGCAGAGUAGUCUCAGUGGAGUAAAAUGAGAUUAAGAAUGAAUCCCAAAUGGCACCCUAUUCCCUAUAUAGGGUCCUAUGUGGCCCUGAUCAAACGCAGUGCACUAUAAAGGGAAAAGAGUGCCAUUUGGGAUGCACCCUAAGCCGGUUCAUGGCUCUCUAUGGUGUAGUCGCCAGGCUGCUUUCAAAACCAAGCCCUAAACGGUGGACUGAAGCUUCUUCUGAAUGAGAAUAAUAAACGUGUCCUGGCUAUAAUCUGUCAUUACUAAUAUCCACUGUGGAGUGUUUUUAUACUUCUCAUUGCUUUAGCCGUCUGUGAAUAGUGUGAAAUGAAGGGAUGGCUGACUGGGUGUCAUGAUGUAUUGUUAUACAUUAAAACAUAUUACAGUUUACUACAUACUAUAGACUUCUGUAGUAAACUGUAAUAUACUGUAGAAUUACUAUACAACUGUGAUGAGGUGGUGUUGAAGGAGUCAGGCGCAGGAGGGUAAAUCACAGAAUAACAGUCUUUAAUCCGCAAAAAUCCAGGUUUACGCAGAAAUGCAUCAAACACACUCCAGGGCACAAAACAGGCGCACUGGAAAAUACAAGGCACAUGGGAAAAUACUCCCGUCGAUACAAAAUACACGAGCUCCACCGAGCUUCACUAACCUCCACAAUAAACAAUCACCCACACAGACAAGGAAGCAGAGGGACAAUGACUAAUGAGGGAAUAAGGACCAGGUGUGUGUGAUUGAAGACAAGACAAAUGGAGUGAUGAUAAAUGGAUCGACAGUAGCUAGUAAGCCGGUGACGCCGAAUGCCGAAACCUGCCCGAACAAGGAGGGAAGGCAGCCUCGGCGGAAGUCGUGACAACAACACACUGUAGUAUCCCUCGAUCAUAUGUAGUACUUAGUAUAAAAUGUUGUAGUACACUGUAGAAUACUAUAGUAAAUACUACAGUAUUUUCCAGAAGAAGAAAAACACUGUAGAAAAUACUACAGUAAUGUUCUCAAAAAGACUACAGUCCUCAAAAACAUUACACUUUUUCUUAACUAUAGUAAAUACUACAGUUUUUCAUUUACAUUCCCCUCCCCCAUAUCACAAUUUGUGCCACCCAUAAGUGAGAAACCUACAUGCCAAGUACAGACCAUAUAUCGUGUACCUCUUGAUUCAGACCCCAGUCCUACCUACAGGUUAUAGAAAAGAGCAGAGUCCGUUCAGACCCCAGUCCUACCUACAGGUUAUAGAAAAGAGCAGAGUCCGUUCAGACCCCAGUCGUGCCUGUAAGUUAUGGAAAAUGUGCUCUUUUAGUAUUUCUCCAGUAGGUUUCCUGAAGGAGAAGCCUCCACUUCUAUGUCAAAGAUAAUAAAACAAAACACUAUAGUAAAUACUACAGUAAUAUCUGCAAAAACACUACAGUAAAUAUUACAGUAUUGUACAGUCCACAGAAACACUACAGUAAAUAUUACAGUAUUGUACAGUCCACAGAAACACUGCAGUAAAUACUACAGUAUUGUACAGUCCACAGAAACACUACAGUAAAUAUUACAGUAUUGUACAGUCCACAGAAACACUGCAGUAAAUACUACAGUAUUGUACAGUCCACAGAAACACUGCAGUAAAUACUACAGUAUUGUACAGUCCACAGAAACACUGCAGUAAAUACUACAGUAUUGUACAGUCCACAGAAACACUACAGUAAAUACUACUGGGGGGAGGUCAACAAAAUAUUAGGAAGGUGUUCUUAAUGUUUUGUCCAUUCAGUGUAUAGGACACUAUAUAUGGAAUGGGGUGCCAUUUGACAGCCAACCAUUCCAUUGAACAUACUGUAACCCAGGCCUCCAACGCAUGGUUGCUGUAUUCCUAUUGUGGGUUGAUUGCUUACCAGUCCACACACCAGCUUUAACAAUUAUUCAACAUUGGCAAACUUUGUACAAUUAAUGUUUUGAUUGUCCCCAUGAAGUUGAAUCAUGUUGACGGUUGUGGAAACAUUUAUUAUCUCCACAUUGCAGCGUGUUGUUUUUUUGUUUUUGUUGCUGUUGGGGUUAUGUAGCAAUUGUUAAAAAAAAAUAUAUCCUGAUUGGCAUUAUGCAUGUACUGUAUGUUCCAGCCUUUUGACAACAGACAAAAAUAAAGAAAAUACAUAUUCAUAAAGAUAAGCAGCUGGAUUGACUGAGCUCGGGUAGUUUUCAGCAACCCUCGGCUAAUUCCGAACACAAUUAACCUUUCCAAACAAACUGCACUUAUCAGGGAGAAUUCAGCAGGCAGGAUGGAAAAUAAAAGAGGUGACAUGUUGCGUUAUGCUAAAUGAGCCUCAAGCCGUGUUGACAUUUUUAAGAUAUAUAUUAUUAUUUUUUUAUCUGCUUGAAAGAAACUCUGCAAUCAAUAUGUUGUCGUUAUUGUGAAAGAUAAUGUGUUCUCAAUUACUUGCCUGGUUAAAUAAAGGCAAAAUAAAAAUCUGCUGUAGAUAAUGGAGUUGAUGUGAGGCAGUAUCUUUAGUUAUAAUUUAGUUAUAAAGGUGAUUGAACUAAACAUAACAUGAGUGAGUUGUCUCAACUUGACAUACUGAUGGAUUGCUACCAUGCUGUUUCUGAUGCAGUUUUGAAUAUGUUUUAUUUUAUUUCAUUUUUUAGGAUCCCCAUUAUCUGACGCCAAUGGCGACAGCUAGUCUUACCGGGGUCCGACACAUAACCAAAAAUACAUUUCAGACAAAAUACUUUGGAAUUGACAUACAUUUAAAAUAUUAACAUGUACUAUCUUUGUGUGUGUGUGUGCAUCUAUCAAUGUGUUGUUAUAAAACACACUGGCAAAAUGUCCGUCUGAAGAGGAAGUCAACUCAUUGCUUUGCCUCAAACAUAAUGUCUGUUAUCAAGGCAAAUACCCUAUCCUACAUCAACCCAGCCUGAACCAGUAGAUCUGAGCCAGUAGAUCUGAACCAGUAGGUCUGAGCCAGUAGGUCUGAGCCAGUAGGUCUGAGACAGUAGGUCUGAGCCAGUAGGUCUGAACCAGUAGGUCUGAGCCAGUAGGUCUGAGACAGUAGGUCUGAGUCAGUAGGUCUGAGCCAGUAGGUCUGAACCAGUAGGUCUGAGCCAGUAGAUCUGAACCAGUAGGUCUGAGCCAGUAGGUCUGAGCCAGUAGGUCUGAGACAGUAGGUCUGAGCCAGUAGGUCUGAGCCAGUAGGUCUGAGUCAGUAGGUCUGAGCCAGUAGGUCUGAACCAGUAGGUCUGAGUCAGUAGGUCUGAGCCAGUAGGUCUGAGCCCGUAGGUCUGAGCAAGUAGGUCUGAGCCAGUAGGUGAAACACAGUGUGUACGUACCAAAUGGCACCAUAUUCCCUUUGUACCCUGGUCAAAAGUAGUGCACUAUAUAGGGACUAGGGUGCCAUUCGGGAUGCAUCCAGGGUGCUAGAGAGUUAACUGAUGUGGCCACUCUACCGGCUGUCCCAGGAGCGUCACACACAUUGCCGGCCGGCUGGGUUUGAUGUAGUGUGAAUGCCUUUACGCCGACACCCUGCCCAACCCCAUCCCUUGCCAGUAGCCUGGUCCCAGAUCUGUCUGUUUGUGUGUUUCUGUCUGGAUAACUCAUGCCAUGUCCAACCGAGGAUCCCGUGCCACCUGGUACCUAACCCUAUCCAUGUUGUUUGACCUGCAGGAUAUGUCUGGUACCUAACCCUAUCCCAGUUGUUUGACCUGCAGGAUAUGUCUGGUACCUAACCCUAUCCAUGUUGUUUGACCUGCAGGAUAUGUCUGGUACCUAACCCUAUCCCUGUUGUUUGACCUGCAGGAUAUGUCUGGUACCUAACCCUAUCCCUGUUGUUUGACCUGCAGGAUAUGUCUGGUACCUAACCCUAUCCCUGUUGUUUGACCUGCAGGAUCCAGUGCCACCUGGGAGGGCCUGAUGGGUCCCAUGCUGCCAGCCCAGUUUGCCCGGAUGACAUCACUGUCAGCGCCAGGUGUUGCUCUCAUGACUGGAGACUGGAGACCCCACUCAACAUCAGGUUAGGCCCUGUCAAUCAAUCAAUCAAUCAAUCAAUCAAUUCAUCAGGUUGGAUAUGUCAGUCAAUCAAUGAAUUCAUCUAUCAAUGAAUUCACCAUUUCACGUUUUUUUGACAUACUGUAUAUUCAUUUAUUUAUGAAAAUAUUGUACUGCAUAAUAUACUCGUAGAGGCUCAUUGUGGAUUCAUCAGACUGAAUAGUUGGUGCUUGAAAUGAGAUUAGUCCUACACUCUGUGAAGAACAUAUGUAAAACAUAAAAUAACCCUUGAACUUUUCAGAAUAUGUCAUCAUUGUAAGAAACAUACUCUUCUUACAGUAAGAGAACAGACCUAUUCUACCAUGUGCUUCACAUACCAAUCUUUGUUUCAAGGAGGUUCUCAUCUCAACAUCAAAUGCUUUUAUGUAUCUUACAUAAUUCCUCAUGUCUGGAUAAAGGCUCAACCAAUCUGUCCAUCAUUAAUUUAAAGUGUACCAUGUAAAGAGAUGCAACAUAUCCCUGUGAUCUGACAGACAGCACCUCCUUCAGUCCACUCUCAGUAUAAUAAACAUAUAUCUGUGAUCUGACAGACAGCACUUCCUUCAGUCCACUCUCAGUCAAAUAAACAUAUCUCUGUGAUCUGACAGACAGCACCUCCUUCAGUCCACUCUCAGUCAAAUAAACAUAUAUCUGUGAUCUGACAGACAGCACCUCCUUCAGUCCACUCUCAGUCAAAUAAACAUAUCUCCUGUCAUAUAUCUCCCAUGAGUACUGUAGAAACAGAUUGUGUUUCUGUGUGUGUGUGUGUGUGUGUGUGUGUGUGUGUGUGUGUGUGUGUGUGUGGCUCAGACUUAUCUAGUAAUGUAUCAGUUAAUCUAAGUAUACGUUAUCAUGGAUCUGUUUGUUAAUCAUCAUUACAGUCCUUGAGUGCAACAUUUUAAAAAUUUUGAGCAUGUGGAAAGUCCUAUAAAACACAUGCUACUUUUCCCUACACACACACACACACACACAUGCACACUCACACACACACACACACACACGCACACACAGACACACACACACACGCGCACACACACAAACACAUAUCAACUUUCAGUGCACGGAUGGAUGGAAGGACUCAUGGAAGCAUAUUCUGGUGCCAGUAUAGCUGACUGUUCCUCUUGUCACGUCUCUUCACCUUGACGUCAGCUUCACUUCACUGCCUUCUGAAAGCCACAGGAGACUUACCAGUCUAAGAUGGGAAUCUAGGGCUUUUGUUUCCAACCAAGCUGAGAUGUGGGAGCAUUUUGUAUUUUUGAAGAGAUCCUAACGUUAUACACUGAGCGUACAAAACAAUAGGAACACCUGGUCUUUCCAUGACAGACUGACCAGGUGGGUCUAAGGCCUUUCCAUGACAGACUGACCAGGUGGGUCUAAGGCCUUUCCAUGACAGACUGACCAGGUGGGUCUAAGGCCUUUCCAUGACAGACUGACCAGGUGGGUCUAAGGCCUUUCCAUGACAGACUGACCAGGUGAAUCCAAGUGGGUCUAAGGCCUUUCCAUGACAGACUGACCAGGUGGGUCUAAGGCCUUUCCAUGACAGACUGACCAGGUGGGUCUAAGGCCUUUCCAUGACAGACUGACCAGGUGAAUCCAGGUGGGUCUAAGGCCUUUCCAUGACAGACUGACCAGGUGAAUCCAGGUGGGUCUAAGGCCUUUCCAUGACAGACGGACCAGGUGAAUCCAGGUGGGUCUAAGGCCUUUCCAUGACAGACUGACCAGGUGAAUCCAGGUGGGUCUAAGGCCUUUCCAUGACAGACUGACCAGGUGAAUCCAGGUGGGUCUAAGGCCUUUCCAUGACAGACGGACCAGGUGAAUCCAGGUGGGUCUAAGGCCUUUCCAUGACAGACUGACCAGGUGAAUCCAGGUGGGUCUAAGGCCUUUCCAUGACAGACUGACCAGGUGAAUCCAGGUGGGUCUAAGGCCUUUCCAUGACAGACGGACCAGGUGAAUCCAGGUGGGUCUAAGGCCUUUCCAUGACAGACUGACCAGGUGAAUCCAGGUGGGUCUAAGGCCUUUCCAUGACAGACUGACCAGGUGAAUCCAGGUGAACGCUAUGAUCCCUUGUUGAUGUCACUUGUUAAAUCCACUUCAAGCGGUGUAGAUGAAGGGGAGGAGCUGGGUUAAAGGAUAAUUUUUAAGAGACAUGGAUCGUGUAUGUGUGCCAUUCAGAAGGUGAAUGGGCAAGAUAAAAUAUGUAAGUGCCUUUGAAUGGGGUAUGGUAGUAGGUGGCAGGCACACCGGUUUGAUUCACAGGAGGUUGGUGGCACCAACCUCUAUGGGAUCGGUGUCCCGUAUACGGGACGGUUGAGCUAACGUGCGCUAAUGUGAUUAGCAUGACUGUUGUAAGUAACAGCAAACUUUCCAGGACAUAGACAUGUCUUAUAUGGGCAGAAAGCUUAAAGUCUUGUUAAUCUAACUGCACUGUCCAAUUUACAGUAGCUAUUACAGUGAAAAAAUACCACGCUAUUGUUUGAGAAGAGUGCACAACAACAAAAAACUUUUCACGGCAACUGGUUUGAUACAUUCACCUCUGAAGGUAAAUAAUGUACUUACAUUCAGUAAUCUUGCUCUGAUUUGUCAUCCUAAGGGUCCCAGAGAUAAAAUGUAGCAUAGUUUUGUUUGAUAAAAUCAAUUUCUAUGUUCAAAUGUAGGAACUGGGUUCUACAGUUUGAACCCCUGCUGUCUCUGGCUCCACACCCACCCCGAUGUGUGAAAGUUAGUGUAUAAGCUCAUGAUCCAUCAUGUAUGACAUUCCUGGGAGUGUGUAAACUUACAUUUUGUAUUACCAUAUCAUUUUUGUAUGUUCUCUAUAGUUAUGUACUUGAAAAUGUAUCAGUUGACCAAUUCGGCACAUUUGGGCAGACUUUAUACAAAAUAGUCCAGUAUUGCAAUGCUUCACUGGAUCAAUCUGAAACUUUGCACACACACUGCUGCCAUCUAGUGUCCAAACUCUAAAUUGCGCCUAAACUGCAAUAUUAUAUUGUGGCCUUUCUCUUUCAUUUCAAAAAUGACGUAACAAAAAAAUUAUAGAAAACAUGUUUUUUUGUUUGUAUUAUCUUUUACCAGAUCUAAUGUGUUAUAUUCCCCUACAUUAAUUUCACAUUUCCACAAACUUCAAAGUGUUUCCUUUCAAAUUGUAUCAAGAAUGUGCAUAUCCUUGCUUCAGGUCCUGAGCUACAGGCAGUUAGAUUUGGGUGUGUCAUUUUAGGUGAAAAUGGGAAAAAAGGGUCCGAUCCUUAAGAGGUUAAUUGGGGCGUACGAGCUCGUGGUAAUGGCUGGAGCGGAAUUAGUGGAAUGGUAUCAAACAUAUGGUUUCUAUGUGUUUGAUGCCAUUCCAUUUGAUCCGUUCCAGCCAUUAUUCUGAGCCGUCCUCCCUUCAGCAGCCUCCACUGGUUAGAAGUGCAACACUGAUGGGUUUUUCGCACUCAACAGUUUCCCGUGUGUAUCAAGAAUGGUCCACCACCCAAAGGACAUCCAACUUGACACAACUGUGGGAAUGCUUUCGAGAGUCUUGUAGAGUCCAUGCCCCGACGAAUUGAAGCUGCUCUGAGGGCAAAAAGGGGGUGCAAGUCAAUAUUAGGAAGGUGUUCCUAAUGUUUUGUCCACUCAGUGUUUACCUCUAUGCUCUUACCAUAGACAUGCUUAUGUUGCAUAUCACCAUGCUCGUACUAUAGAUAACUCUAAGCUGCAUACCAACCUGUUAGUCUCAUUUCUUACUAUGUUUAGUGGUUAGCAAAUAUUGACACAACUGGAACAUGGGUAGCGGCAGAAUCCAAUUUUGCUCACCUUUUAGACUACCCAUUGUGGAUUUUCCAUCAUUAUAGCUCUCCUCUGUGUGUGCGUGUUUGUUGUGUGUGUGUGUGUGUGUGUGUGUGUGUGUGUGUGUGUGUGUGUGCGUGCGUGACUCCUAAUUAGAUUGCAGAGAAUUGGUAUUGAUUUUGUUAUUGUGCUCCAUCAAUAUUCACACCGCCAUCAGGCUGCAAUAAAUAUCCCUGAUUCGUUAUGUCCCAGCUGCAAUACAUUCAAUAACAUAUCUACUCACAUUACUGCUGUAUCCCUGAAAGGAAUGUGUUCAACAUUUGACUCUAUUGCAGUGGCAGAAUAGCUUUAGUUGGCAUUCAGAAGUUACGGCUCCAGUUAUUUCAGAGGCACUUCACUUGACAGUACAGUUUUCAUUCUUCUGCAGGUAUUUAAUAGGCAUGUACUCCUACAAUUGGUUAUAUGAACCUUGGUACCAAACUGAGCCUGGUCAUGCAUUUUGUAAUGAAAUCCCAAAAAGAUAAAGAAGUCAUUUGUGUAAUUAAAAAAUGUUCCACCUGGUAAUUUUCCACAAGAUAAAAACGCUACAUUUAUUCCAACAGAGAGAGAGAGAGAGAGAGAGAGAGAGAGAUAGGUAACUUCCACAAAGCUGUGAACGAUCUGAGAGACAAGGCAAGAAGGGCCUUCUAUGCCAUCAAAAGGAACAUAACAUUUGACAUACCAAUUAGGAUCUGGCUAAAAAUACUUGAAUCAGUUAUAGAACCCGUUGCCCUUUAUGGUUCUGAGGUCUGGGGUCCGCUCACCAAACCAAGAAUUCACAAAAUGGGACAAACACCAAAUUGAGACUCUGCAUGCAGAAUUCUGCAAAAACAUCCUCCGUGUACAACGUAAAACACCAAAUAAUGCAUGCAGAGCAGAAUUAGGCCAAUACCCGCUAAUUAUCAAAAUCCAGAAAAGAGCCGUUAAAUUCUAUAACCACUUAAAAGGAAACGAUUCCCAACCCUUCCAUAACAAAGCCAUCACCUAUGCCAUUCAAUUGAAAUUGAAUUGAAUUGAGAGAGAGAGAGAGAGAGACAUACUUUACUUACUUUAUUGUCCCCAUGGGGAAAUUUUGUUGCAGUGUCAUGUACACAUUUAAAGUGGCGUUAAAUACAAAACAAGAUUGACAAUACAACUUUCAAUAACAGUCACGCACCAAUAAAAGUAAGAAAUAAGAAAUAAAACAUUUAAAACAUUUAAAACAAAGACUAGCCUGCUGGCCUUACGGGGUCAAUGGGAACAUUUGCCCGAGCUAUUUAAGAGGGAUAUCACACCUGGCACAAAUGAUUGUCUCGUUCUAUUUUUCCUGCUGAGGGGUGCCCUAUACCUAUGCCCAGAGGGGAGUAAUUCAAAGUCCAGGUACAGGGGGUGACUUGGGUCUAAAAUGAUUUUGUGAGCCUUACGGAGGGCCCUGACCUUAAAGAUCUCAUCCAGGCCUGUCUGUUUGACUCCAAGUACCUUACUUGCUGUGGUAAUAAUCCUUCUCAGCAUGUUUCUCUGACUGACAGUGGCAUUGCCAAACCAACAAACAAUACAAAAAGUUAAAAUACUCUCAAUAAAGGAUUUGUAAAACAGAGUCAAUAUAGUACAGUCUAUAUUAAAAGAACCCAACUUUUUUAGAAAGUACAGUCUCUGUUGGCUCUUUUUGUAGAUCUGGUCUGUACAUUUACUCCACUGAAGCUUACUGUCCAAAAAGACACCCAGAUAUUUAUAUUCCUCUACAAUUUCUAUAUUCUGGCCUCUGAUAGAUGUUGCAGAGGUAGGUGUUGUACGCUUCCUGAAGUCUAUGCACAUCUCUUUGGUCUUGUUAGUAUUGAGGACCAAGUGUGAUUCCUCACACCACUCUACAAAGUCAUCUAGGACCGGGCCAUGAUGUUCCUCGUCAUCAUGCAACAGGCUGAUCAAGGCAGUGUCAUCAGCGAACUUAACGAGGUGUCUGUCAGUAUGGGAACUAGUACAACUAUUAGUGUACAAGAUGUACAGAAGUGGGGACAAAACACAUCCCUGAGGAGAGCCUGUGUUGGUAUUGCGUAUAUCCGACACAUGGGGACCUAUUUUGACUCGCUGUGAGCGUUGGCUCAGGAAGUCCAACAUAGACAGAGACAGAGAGAGAGAGGCAGAGAGAGAGAGAGAGAGAGAGAGAGAGGCAGAGAGAGAGCGUGUGUGUCAAAUCAAAUCAAAUUUACAUUUACAUUUACGUCAUUUAGCAGACGCUCUUAUCCAGAGCGACUUACAAGUUGGUGCAUAACCACUUUACAAUUUAAAAAAAAAAAAAUUAGGGGGGUAGGGCGGGGGGGUAGAAAGAUUACUUUAUCCUAUGCCAGGUAUUCCUUAAUAGGGUGGGGUUUCAAAUGUCUCCGGAAGGUGGUGAGUGACUCCGCUGUCCUGGCGUCGUGAGGGAGCUUGUUCCACCAUUGGGGUGCCAGAGCAGCGAACAGUUUUGACUGGGCUGAGCGGGAACUAUGCUUCCGCAGAGGUAGGGGAGCCAGCAGGCCAGAGGUGGAUGAACGCAAUGCCCUCGUUUGGGUGUAGGGACUGAUCAGAGCCUGAAGGUACAGAGGUGCCGUUCCCCUCACAGCUCCAUAGGCAAGCACCAUGGUCUUGUAACAGAUGCGAGCUUCAACUGGAAGCCAGUGGAGUGUGCGGAGGAGCGGGGUUACGUGAGAGAACUUGGGAAGGUUGAACACCAGACGGGCUGCGGCAUUCUGGAUGAGUUGUAGGGGUUUAAUGGCACAGGCAGGGAGCCCAGCCAACAGCGAGUUGCAGUAAUCCAGACGGGAGAUGACAAGUGCCUGGAUUAGGACCUGUGCCGCUUCCUGUGUAAGGCAGGGUCGUACUCUCCGAAUGUUGUAGAGCAUGAACCUGCAGGAUCGGGUCACCGCCUUGAUGGUAGCGGAGAACGACAGGGUGUUGUCCAGGGUCACGCCAAGGCUCUUCGCACUCUCGGAGGAGGACACAACGGAGUUGUCAACCGUGAUGGCGAGAUCAUGGAACGGGCAGUCCUUCCCCGGGAGGAAGAGCAGCUCCGUCUUGCCAAGGUUCAGCUUGAGGUGGUGAUCCGUCAUCCAUACUGAUAUGUCUGCCAGACAUGCAGAGAUGCGAUUCGCCACCUGGUUAUCAGAAGGGGGAAAGGAGAAGAUUAGUUGUGUAUCAUCAGCGUAGCAAUGAUAGGAGAGGCCAUGUGAGGAUAUGACAGAGCCAAGUGACUUGGUGUAUAGGAAGAAUAGGAGAGGGCCUAGAACUGAGCCCUGGGGGACACCAGUGGUGAGAGCACGUGGUGCGGAGACAGCUUCUCGCCACGCCACUUGGUAGGAGCGACCGGUCAGGUAGGACGCAAUCCAGGAGUGAGCCGCGCCGGAGAUGCCCAGCUCGGAGAGGGUGGAGAGGAGGAUCUGAUGGUUCACAGUAUCAAAGGCAGCAGACAGGUCUAGAAGGACAAGAGCAGAGGAGAGAGAGUUAGCUUUAGCAGUGCGGAGAGCCUCCGUGACACAGAGAAGAGCAGUCUCAGUUGAAUGACAAGUCCUGAAACCUGACUGGUUUGGAUCAAGAAGGUAAUUCUGAGAGAGAUAGCAAGAGAGUUGGCUAAAGACGGCACGCUCAAUAGUUUUGGAAAGAAAAGAAAGAAGGGAUACUGGUCUGUAGUUGUUGACAUCAGUGGGAUCGAGUGUUGGUUUUUUGAGAAGGGGUGCAACUCUCGCUCUCUUGAAGACGGAAGGGACAUAGCCAGCGGUCAAGGAUGAGUUGAUCAGCGAGGUGAGGUAGGGGAGAAGGUCACCGGAGAUGGUCUGGAGAAGAGAGGAGGGGAUGGGGUCAAGCGGGCAGGUUGUUGGGCGGCCUGCAGUCACAAGUCGCAAGAUUUUAUCUGGAGAGAGAGGGGAGAAAGAAGUCAAAGCAUAGGGUAGGGCAGUGUGAGCAGGACCAGCAGUGUCAUUAGACUUAACAAACGAAGAUCGGAUGUCGUCAACCUUCUUUUCAAAGUGGUUGACGAAGUCAUCCACAGAGAGAGAGGAGGGGGGGGGGGGGGGGGGGAGGAUUCAGCAGGGAGGAGAAUGUGGCAAAGAGCUUCCUAGGGUUAGAGGCAGAUGCUUGGAAUUUAGAGUGGUAGAAAGUGGCCUUAGCAGCAGAAACAGAUGAAGAAAAUGUAGAGAGGAGGGAGUGAAAAGAUGCCAGGUCGGCAGGGAGUUUAGUUUUCUUCCAUUUCCGCUCCGCUGCCCGGAGCUCUGUUCUGUGAGCUCGCAAUGAGUCAUCAAGCCACGGAGCUGGAGGGGAGGACCGAGCCGGCCGGGAGGAUAGGGGACACAGAGAGUCAAAGGAUGCAGAAAGGGAGGAGAGGAGGGUUGAGGAGGCAGAAUCAGGAGAUUGGAGGGAGAAGGAUUGAGCAGAGGGAAGAGAUGAUAGGAUGGAAGAGGAGAGAGUAGUGGGAGAGAGAGAGCGAAGGUUGCGGCGGCGCAUUACCAUCUGUGUAGGGGCAGAGUGAGUAGUGUUGGAGGAGAGCGAGAGAGAAAAGGAUACAAAGUAGUGGUCGGAGACAUGGAGGGGAGUUGCAGUGAGAUUAGUAGAAGAGCAGCAUCUAGUAAAGAUGAGGUCAAGCGUAUUGCCUGCCUUGUGAGUAGGGGGGGGGGACGGUGAGAGGGUGAGGUCAAAAGAGGAGAGGAGUGGAAAGAAGGAGGCAGAGAGAAAUGAGUCAAAUGUAGACGUAGGGAGGUUGAAAUCCCCCAAAACUGUGAGGGGUGAGCCAUUCUCAGGAAAGGAACUUAUCAAGGCGUCAAGCUCAUUGAUGAACUCUCCAAGGGAACCUGGAGGGCGAUAGAUGACAAGGAUAUUAAGCUUAAAUGGGCUAGUGACUGUGACAGCAUGGAAUUCAAAUGAGGAGAUAGACAGAUGGGUUAGGGGAAAAAUUGAGAAUGUCCACUUGGGAGAGAUGAGGAAUCCUGUGCCACCACCCCUCUGACCAGAUGCUCUCGGGGUAUGCGAGAACACAUGGUCAGACGAGGAGAGAGCAGUAGGAGUAGCAGUGUUUUCAGUGGUAAUCCAUGUUUCCGUCAGCGCCAGGAAGUCGAGGGACUGGAGGGUAGCAUAGGCUGGGAUGAAGUCAGCCUUGUUGGCAGCAGAACGGCAGUUCCAGAGGCUGCCUGAGACCUGGAACUCCAGGUGUGUGGUGCGUGCAGGGACCACCAGGUUAGAGAGGCAGCAGCCACGCGGUGUGAGGCGUUUGUGUAGCCUGUGCGGAGAGGAGAGAACAGGGAUAGGCAGAGGCAUAGUUGACAGGCUGCAGCAGAUGGCUACAAUAAUGCAGAGGAGAUCGGUAUUGUAUUGUAUUGGUUAUUGCGGGUGUAGCAAACUGCUUGUGUUUCUAGCUCCGACAGUGCAGUAAUAUCUAACAAGUAAUAUCUAACAAUUUCACAACAUACACCCAAUACACACAAAUCUAAGUAAAGCAAUGGAAUUAAGAAUAUAUAAAUAAAUAUACGGACGAGCAAUGUCAGAGCAGCAUGGACUAAGAUACAGUAGAAAAGUAUAGAAUACAGUAUUUACAUAUGAGAUGAGUAAUGCAAGAUAUGUAAACAUUAUUAAAGUGACUAGUGUUCCAUUUAUUUAAGUGGCCAGUGAUUUCUAAUCUAUUUACAGUUGAAGUCGGAAGUUUACAUACACCUCAGCCAAAUACAUUUAAACUCAGUUUUUCACAAUUCCUGACAUUUAAUCCUAGUAAAAAUUCCCUGUUUUAGGUCAGUUAGGAUCACCACUUUAUUUUAAGAAAGUUAAAUGUCAGAAUAAUUGUAGAUAUAAUGAUUUAUUUCAGCUUUUAUUUAUUUCAUCACAUUCCCAGUGGGUCAGAAGUUUACCUACACUCAAUUAGUAUUUGGUAGCAUUGCCUUUAGAUUGUUUAACUUGGGUCAAACGUUUCGGGAAGCCUUCCACAAGCUUCCCACAAUAAGUUGGGUGAAUUUUGGCCCAUUCCUCCUGACAGAGCUGGUGUAACUGAGUCAGGUUUGUAUGCCUCCUUGCUCGCACACGCUUUUUCAGUUCUGCCCACAAAUGUAUAUAGGAUUGAGGUCAGGGCUUUGUGAUGGCCACUCCAAUACCUUGACUUUGUUGUCUGAUGUCUUGAGAUGUUGCUUCAAUAUAUCCACAUAAUUUUCCUUCCUCAUGAUGCCAUCUAUUUUGUGAAGUGCACCAGUCCCUCCUGCAGCAAAGCACCCCCACAGCAUGAUGCUGCCACCCCCGUGCUUGACGUUUGGGAUGGUGUACUUCGGCUUACAAGUCGCCCCCUUUUCCCUACAAACAUAACGAUGGUCAUUAUGAAUAUGAAUAUGAAUAUGCCAUUUAGCAGACGCUUUUAUCCAAAGCGACUUACAGUCAUGCGUGCAUACAUUUUUGUGUAUGGGUGGUCCCGGGGAUCGAACCCACUACCUUGGCGUUACAAGCGCCGUGCUCUACCAGCUGAGCUACAGAGGACCACAUUAUGGCCAAACAGUUCUAUUUUUGUUUCAUCAGACCAGAGGACAUUUCUCCAAAAAGUACGAUCUUUGUCCCCAUGUGCAGUUGCAAACCGUAGUCUGGCUUUUUUAUGGAGAUUUUGGAGCAGUGGCUUCUUCCUUGCUGAGCGGCCUUUCAGGUUUUGUCGAUACAGGACUUGUUUUACUGUGGAUAUAGAUACUUUUGUACCUGUUUCCUCCAGCAUCUUCACAAGGUCCUUUGCUGUUGUUCUGGGAUUGAAUUGCACUUUUCGCACCAAACUACGUUCAUCACUAGGAGACAGAACGCGUCUCUUUCCUGAGCGGUAUGACGGCUGCGUGCCAUGGUGUUUAUACUUGCAUACUAUUGUUUGUACAUAUGAACGUGGUACCUUCAGGCGUUUGGAAAUUGCUCCCAAGGAUGAACCAGACUUGUGGAGGUCUACAAUUGUUUUUCUGAGGUCUUGGCUGAUUUCUUUUGAUUUUCCCAUAAUGUCAAGCAAAGAGGCUCUGAGUUUGAAGGUAGGCCUUGAAAUACAUCCACAGGUACACCUCCAAUUGACUCAAAUGAUGUCAAUUAGCCUAUCAGAAGCUUCUAAAGCCAUGACAUCAUUUUCUGGAAUUUUCCAAGCUGUUUAAAGGCACAGUCAACUUAGUGUAUGUAAACUUCUGACCCACUGGAAUUGUGAUACAGUGAAUUAUAAGUGAAAUAAUAUGUUUGUAAACAAUUGUUGGAAAAAUUACUUGUGUCGUGCACAAAGUAGAUUGCCAAAACUAUAGUUUGUUAACAAGAAAUGUGUGGAGUGGUUGAAAAACGAGUUUUAAUGACUCCAGCCUAAGUGUAUGUAAACUGCCGACUUCAACUGUAUAUUGGCAGCAGCCUCUAAGUUGCUAGUGAUGGCUUUCUAACAGUCUGAUGGCCUUGAGAUAAAAGCUGUUUUCCUCAAAUUUGCUUUUUUUAAAUCCCCAGCUACAAUAAAUGCAGCCUCCGGAUAUGUGGUUUCCAGUUUGCAUAGAGUCCAGUGAAGUUCUUUGAGGGCCGUCGUGGUAUCGGCUUGAGGGGGGAUAUACACGGCCGUGACUAUAACCGAAGAAAAGUCGGCAUUUGAUUGUGAGGUAUUCUAGGUCGGGUGAACAAAAGGACUUGAGUUCCUGUGUGUUACUACAAUUACACCAUGAGUCGUUAAUCAUGAAACACACACCUCCGCCCUUCUGCUUCCCGGAGAGAUGUUUAUUUCUGUCUGCGCGAUGAACUGAGAACCCAAUUGGCUGGACCGACUCGGACAGUAUAUCCCAGAGAGAGCCAUGUUUCCGUGAAACAGAGGAUGUUACAAUCCCUGAUAUCUCUCUGGUAAGCAACCCUCGCCCUGAGCUCCUCAACUUUAUUAUCCAGAGACUGAACAUUAGCGAGUAAUAUACUCGGAAGCGGUGGGUGGUGUGCACGCCGCCUAAGUCAGACUACAAGGCCGCUCCGAGUACCUCUUGUGUGUGUGUGUGUGUGUGUGUGUGUGUGUGUGUGUGUGUGUGUGUGUGUGUGUGUGUGUGUGUGUGUUAGCAUGGAACCUGGUGGGUUUAAAUGAAAGCUUUGACACGGAGAGUAAUGUAACAUCUGAGUGUUUAAUGAAACUGAAUAAUCUUCAGCCGCUGCUCCACUAACUGCUGUCUUCAUUCUCAUUCAUCAUCAUCAGUACGUGUGUCAGUCUGUCGGUCUGUCAGCUUGAUCUCCUUGUGUCUGCACUGCCUGUGAAGCAGUAUAGGCCUACUUAGGAGGACUGGAGAAUCAUCCAGAACAACCUUGACCUGUAAAGCAGUAUAGGCCUACUUAGGAGGACUGGAGAAUCAUCCAGAACAACCUCUACCUGCAAAGCAGUAUAGGCCUACUUAGGAGGACAGGAGAAUCAUCCAGAACAACCUCUACCUGCAAAGCAGUAUAGGCCUACUUAGGAGGACAGGAGAAUCAUCCAGAACUAGAUUGACGUGAUGUGGCUGCUGAACGUGUUCUUUGAGUUGAUAACUCAGCUGCAAAUUCCAUUGAGAUAGAAAAUUGCAAAUCUAUCAUAUUAUGCAAAAAAAUCCAGUCCACAAGCUAAUUUGCUGUCUCUCUUGCAGAUAAGCGGUUAGCCAGGAGAAGAGCGCCAAGUGCUGCGACGUUGGUGCUGCACACAGAGCAGAAGACAACCCAGGAGAAACAUACAGAGGUAGGUGGUCAUGUUAGACCUGUCUCAAACAGCACCCUAUUCCCUAAAUUGUGCACCUCUUUUGACCAGAGCGCUAUGGGGCCCAGGUCAAAAGUAGUGCUCUACAUAGGGAAAGAGGGUGCCAUUUGGGAUGUACAAUGUUCAUUAACUUACACUGAGGCUGUGGCAUAAGUACAUCUACCAAAUCUAGGCCAUAUCCAUCCACACGAGUUGAAAUCAACGUUUUAGUUUUACAUGUCAUAGAAAGACAUUGAUCCAAUAAAACAGAGGAAGAGUUCUUCUUUGGUAAUCGAAGUUAGAUGAUGGGAAGCUGAGUAGCUGAUUUGGUUCCGGGUGCUGAGAUAAGAGGUUGUUGCUCCAUUUUUGGAAGAUUUUGGUCCAUGCUGCAUUGUUCACUCCACCUACCAGCAUAACCGACUUCCUGCUCGCCAAAUUGGUUGUUGGAAAGGGCACCAGGACAGAGUCGGUAAGAUUUAGGGGUCCAAUUACCACGGCUCUGAUAGGAGGAGAGGUCAUUUAACUCUUCCUCUGCGAAUUGUUCGCAAAACCCUCCCAGCCGUAUUAAUUAGUAAAACUCCCCCAGAAGGAGAGGAUCUGUAAAUCAUCAAAAGGAGAAUGAAUGCUGUGGGGCGGUCCGUCUACAGUCCCGGCUGCUGCUGUUCCCUGCCUGCCAGGCGCUCUCUACGGCUCCGUCCCAAAUGGCACCCUAUUCCAUUUAUAGCGCACUAAUUUUUGACCUGGGCUCUGGUCAAAAGUAGUGCACUACAUAGGGAAUAGGGUGCCCUUUGGGACGCAUGCUCUCCCUCUGUGAAGGGGUUCAGUAUUCCAAGGGGUUGGUCAUGCAUUCCCUUAGUAAUUGACUGGCUCUGGCUGUAUCUGCGACAGUGUUGUGGACAUUACAAGGGUAAAGCAUUUUGUCACACUAUAAUCGACAGUCCGUACUUCCAUAUUAGCCCAGGAUAAUGAUAACCUAAUGAAAUUAAUUGCAUGUUCAUAUUCCUCCACUAGAUCUCAUUAUGAAUAAACAACAUUAGAUGUUUAGAGACACACUGGGUUAUAAACUAGAAAGGAUUGUGUUCGCAUGCUUUCAAUCAUCCAUAACAUUUUCCUUCCACCGCUGCUGUUUUACUAUUCAGCUUGUGCUGAUUUUUUCAACAUUGUUGACAUUGUUUUCAUACUUUGCUGCAAACGAUGCAAUUAACUUUUUAUUGAGAUUUUCGAAAACACUCGAUCUCCCCCAAGAUCCAUCCAUCUCAGGCCAGACAGAAGUUUGAGACAUGCAAUCAUCACAGUGCAUUAAUAUAAUUCAAUAUCUAUUACAAUACAGACCUAUCCUACCAUGUGUCCAGUGGGCUCAUUGCACCAUUCACUGGUCUGCUAAAAUGACUAAAAUGUAAAACGUAAAAAAAUAUCCAGACACCGAUAGCAGACAGAGACCGAUAGCAGACAGAGACCGAUAACAGACAGAGACCGAUAGCAGACAGAGACCGAUAGCAGACAGAGACCGAUAGCAGACAGAGACCGAUAGCAGACAGAGACCGAUAACAGACAGAGACCGAUAACAGACAGAGACCGAUAACAGACAGACCCAGACCCAGAUAGCACACAGAGACCGAUAGCAGACAGAGACCGAUAGCAGACAGAUACCGAUAGCAGACAGAGACCGAUAACAGACAGACCCAGACCCAGAUAGCACACAGAGACCGAUAGCAGACAGAGACCGAUAGCAGACAGAGACCGAUAACAGACAGACCCAGACCCAGAUAGCACACAGAUACCGAUAGCAGACAGAGACCGAUAGCUGACAGAUACCGACAGCAGACAGAGACCGAUAGCAGACAGAGACCGAUAACAGACAGACCCAGACCCAGAUAGCACACAGAUACCGAUAGCAGACAGAGACCGAUAGCAGACAGAUACCGAUAGCAGACAGAGACCGAUAGCAGACAGAGACCGAUAACAGACAGACCCAGACCCAGAUAGCACACAGAGACCGAUAGCAGACAGAGACCGAUAGCACACAGAGACCGAUAGCAGACAGAUACCGAUAGCAGACAGAGACCGAUAGCAGACAGAGACCGAUAGCAGACAGAGACCGAUAGCAGACAGAGACAGAUACUGGGAGGACAGAUAUGAAAUGCAAGGCAACACAAAGACUGAAGUCCUGGGGCCUUAUUUAUCAACAUUAGCGUAUAAACCAUUCGAAAAAUACUACUUACUGUAUGAAAGCAAUUAAGAAUGGUCGUAUGCACAGAAAAAGUGUGUGUCAGGAGGUCAGUGUGAUGCGGUAGGACGAAGUCAGGCGCAGGACACAGAGCUAAUCGAAAGCGUACUUUACUCGUAGGUAACGUAAAUAACACACCCUCCACGCAGGGAGGAACACACCCGCUCACCAGACGACAACCAAAACACGGACAAACACGCACAACACACAGUGGGAGCCAGAGGGUUAAAUAGGGAAGGCAUCAAUACAUCAUGGGAACCAGGUGUGAACAAUAAAGACAAAACAAGUAGAACACAGAAACAUAGAUCGGCGGCAGCUAGUACUCCGGCGACGAUGAACGCCGAAGCCUGCCCGAGCGAGGAGGAGGAGCAGCCUCGGCUGAAUCCGUGACAGUGUGAUUUAUCCUACGAGCAUCAUAUGCGGUGGGAGAUAACCAUUGAUAAACACCAAUGGUUCUCAGCCUCAGUGCUUGUGCACGUCCUUGGCUGUUUGCAUUACGGAACACCCCUAAUUAACCACAUACAGAGCAUUCAGAAAGUAUUCAGACCCCUUCCCUUUUUCCACAUUUUGUUACGUUACAGCCUUAUUCUAAAACGAAUAAAAGAAAAAAAAUCCUCAUCAAUCUACACACAAUACCCCAUUUUUUUUUUGCAGAUAAAAGAUAAAUGCCUUAUUUACAGAAGUAUUCAGACCCUUAGCUAUGAGACUCGAAAUUGAGGUCAGGUGAAUCCUGUUUCCAUUGAUCAUCAUUGAGAUGUCCACCUGUGGUCAAUUCAAUUGAUUGGACAUGAUUUGGAAAGGCACACACCUGUCUAUAUAAGGUCCCACAGUUGACAGUGCACGUCAGAGCAAAAACCAAACCAUGAGGUCGAAGGAAAUGUCAGUAGAGCUCUGAGACAGGAGUGUGUCGAGGCACAGGGGAAGGGUACCAAAACAUUUCUACAGGAUUGAAGGUCCCCAAGAAGACAGCGGCCUCCAUCAUUCUGAAAUGGAAGAAGUUUGGAACCACCAAAACUCUUCCUAGAGCUGGCCGCCCGGUCAAACUGAGCAAUCGGGGGAGAAAGGCCUUGGUCAGUGAGGUGACCAACCCGAUGGUCACUCUGACAGAGCUCUAGAGUUUCCCUGUGAAGAUGAGAGAACCUUCCAGAAGGACAACCAUCUCUGCAGCACUCCACCAAUCAGGCCUUUAUGGUAGAGUGGCCAGACUACAUGGAACUCUAUUCCACAUGAAGUAACUGAUGCAAGUAUUAAAAUUAGAUUAAAAAAACAUACAAUUAAACACCUUAUGGAACAGCGGGGACUGUGAAGCAACACAAAAAUAGGCACAGACACAUGCAUACACACACACACGAUAACAUACGCACUAUACACACAUGGAUUUUUGUACUGUAGAUAUGUGGUAGUGGUGGAGUAGGGGCCUGAGGGCACACAGUGUGUUGUGAAAUGUGUGAAUGUAUUGUAAUGUUUUUUUAAAUUGUAUGAACUGCCUUAAUUUUGCUGGACCCCAGGAAGAGUAGCUGCUACCUUGGCUAAUGGUGAUCCAUAAUGAAUAGAAAUACAAAAUAUGGAAGCCACUCCUCAGUAAAAGGCACAUGACAGCCUGCUUGGAGUUUGCCAAAAGGCACCUAAAGACUCUCAGACCAUGAGAAACAAGAUUCUCUGGUCUGAUGAAACCAAGAUUGAACUCUUUGGCCUGAAUGUCAAGCGUCACGUCUGGAGGAAACCUGGCACCAUCCCUACGGUGAAGCGUGGUGGCGGCAGCAUCAUGCUGUGGGGAUGUUUUUCAACGGCAGGGACUGGGAGACUAGUCAGGAUCGACGGAAAGAUGAAUAUAGCAAAGUACAGAGAGGUCCUUGAUGAAAACCUGCUCCUGAGCGCUCAGGACCUCAGACUGGGGCAAAGGUUCACCUUCCAAAGGACAAUGACCCUAAGCACACAGCCAAGACAAUGCAGGAGUGGCUUCGGGACAAGCCCCUGAAUGUCCUUGAGUGGCCCAGCCAGAGCCCGGACUUGAACCCGAUCUAACAUCUCUGGAGAGACCUGAAAAUAGCUGUGCAGCGACGCUCCCCAUCCAACCUGACAGAGCUUGAGAGGAUUUGCAGAGAAGAAUGGGAAAACUCCCCAAAUACAGGUGUGCCAAGCUUGUAGCGUCAUACUCAAGAAGACUCAAUGAUGUAAUCCCUGCCAAAGGUGCUUCAACAAAGUACUGAGUAAAGGGUCUGAAUACUUAUGUAAAUUUGAUAUUUCAGUUUUAUUUUAUACAUUUGCAAACAUUUCUAAAAACCAGUUUUUGCUUUGACAUUAUGGGGUAUUGUGUGUAGAUUGAUGAGGAAAAAAAAACUAUUUAAUCCAUAAGGCUGUAACCUAACAAAAUGUGGAAAAAUUCUAGCGGUCUGAAAACUUUUCGAAUGCACUGUAUGGUCAAAAUCCUCCCUUUAACCCAUUGGGAAUAUACAAUGCCAUACCAUGAACCAAAAAAUGCCAAGAAAAAUAAAUAAAUACUGAGACUGAAAUAGAGGUGUUGGUGUCAGAUUGAGUACAAACAAAAGGUUUUAUUUGUCUCGCUCAGUUGUGGCUCGACCUGUAAAAACAUAGCUACUAAUAGAGGACCAUUAGGACAAUUCAAGUUGCUUUAGCAAUGGAAGAUAUACUUCAAAUGAGUAGGCAACACUCACCAAUAACCCAUCCAUCCUCAACAGCUCCCUCCUGUAGAACUACAUGCCAACGUUGCUGUUCUGCAGAAUGAAGGAGUCGUGCGUCCCACCUGGCCACCACAUUCAGCAUUCUUUUGCGCAUCACAUAACUUAUCGCCUGCACAUUAAGAGUGGAAGCCAUUUUCUGUUCACAUAAUUACAAUCAUUUGGGAUGGUGAUUUUUAUGGCGAUGUGGUUGCUAUCUAUUGCUCUGUUCGUAUUUGGGAACCCAUUAUUGGCAUCAAGCCACACCUCUCUGUUCUCACCUGGACUGGUUACACAUCGCUGCUGGCACCUGGAAAAGACAAAUUGAAAGUAAAAUAUCUGACCAAGCACAGUACGGUUUAGGAUGGCUUCACAGUGACAAAAUGGUGUCUGUGUUGUGUUAGUCCUGCCCUCUGACCUAUGUGUGUGUGUCUCUCUCUCUCUCUCUCUCUCUCUCUCUCUCUCUCUUCUCUCUCUCUCUCUCUCUCUCUCUCUCUCUCUCCUGUCUCUCUCUCUCUCCUCUCUCUCUCUCUCUCUCUCUCUCUCUCUCUCUCUCUCUCUCUCUCUCUCUCUCUCUCUCUCUCUCUCUCUCUCUCUCUCUCUCUCUCUCUCUCUCUCUCUGUGUGUGUGUGUCUCUUUCUCUCUCUCUCGCUCUCUGUAUUUGUGUGUUUCUCUGUGUGUGUGUGUGUGUGUGUUUCUCUCUCUCUGUGUGUGUAUGUGUGUAUGUGUAUGUGUGUGUGUGUGUGUGUGUGUGUGUGUGUGUGUGUGUGUGUGUGUGUGUGUGUGUUGUAGCAGGAGAUGGUAGAGGUCCCCAUGGAGGAGGAGGAGGACGUUGAACCUAAAGACAAGCGUCCUGUAGCUUCCACCCCUGUUCCCGGAUCUCCAUGGUAACAUCCCUUUACACAAUAUUAUGACAUUCUCUUGCCAGGAUUGGUCAAUGAUUGAAUAAACUGAAAGAACAUGUUUAACAAAUGUGAACAACUCUUUAAGAAUCCGGCCCAUUCCAGUCAUCCCUGACACCAAACAUGAAAAAGACUAUUUGGCUAAAGUAAGUUGUGUAAAGUACUUAAGUAAAAAUACUUUCAAGUACUACAGUGCCUUGCAAAAGUAUUCAUCACCCAUGGCGUUUUUCCUAUUUUGUUGCAUUACAACCUGUAAUUUAAAUUUAUUUUUAUCUGGGAUUUCAUGUAAUGGACAUACACAAAAUAGUCCAAACUGGUGACGUGAAAUGAAAAAAAUAACUUUUUUCAAAAAAUAAAUAACGGAAAAGUGGUGCGUGCAGAUGUAUUCACCCCCUUUGCUAUGAAGCCCCUAAAUAAGAUCUGGUGCAACCAAUUACCUUCAGAAGUCACAUAAUUAGUUAAAUAAAGUCCACCUGUGUGCAAUCUAAGUGUUACAUGAUCUCAGUAUAUAUAUGCCUGUUCUGAAAGGCCCCAGAGUCUGCAACACCACUAAGCAAGGGGCACCACCAAGCAAGCGGCACCAUGAAUACCAAUGAGCUCUCCAAACAGGUCAGGGACAAAGCUGUGGAGAAGUACAGAUCAGGGUUGGGUUAUAAAAAAAUAUCAGAAACUUUGAACAUUCCACGGAGCACCAUUAAAUCCAUUAUAAAAAAAUUGAAAGAAUAUGGCACCACAACAAACCUGCCAAGAGAGGGCCGCCAACCAAAACUCACGGACCAGGCAAGGAGGGCAGUAAUCAGAGAGGCAAUGUGGUUUUUACUCCAGACAUUUUCCCUGACACCCCAAAAGUAAAAUGGUCCAAUUCACGCACUUAUCAAGAGAACAUCCCUGGUCAUCCAUACUGCCACUUAUCAAGAGAACAUCCCUGGUCAUCCAUACUGCCUCUUAUCAAGAGAACAUCAGUGGUCAUCCAUACUGCCUCUUAUCAAGAGAACAUCCCUGGUCAUCCAUACUGCCUCUUAUCAAGAGAACAUCCCUGGUCAUCCAUACUGCCUCUUAUCAAGAGAACAUCCCUGGUCAUCCCUACUGCCUCUUAUCAAGAGAACAUCCCUGGUCAUCCUACUGCCUCUUAUCAAGAGAACAUCCCUGGUCAUCCAUACUGCCUCUUAUCAAGAGAACAUCCCUGGUCAUCCAUACUGCCUCUUAUCAAGAGAACAUCCCUGGUCAUCCCUACUGCCUCUUAUCAAGAGAACAUCCCUGGUCAUCCAUACUGCCUCUUAUCAAGAGAACAUCCCUGGUCAUCCAUACUGCCUCUUAUCAAGAGAACAUCCCUGGUCAUCCAUACUGCCUCUUAUCAAGAGAACAUCCCUGGUCAUCCAUACUGCCUCUGAUCAAGAGAACAUCCCUGGUCAUCCAUACUGUCUCUUAUCAAGAGAACAUCCCUGGUCAUCCAUACUGCCUCUGAUCAAGAGAACAUCCCUGGUCAUCCAUACUGCCUCUGAUCUGGCGGACUCACUAAACACAUGUUUAGUUUGUAAAUUAUGUCUGUGUGUUGGAGUGUGCCCGUUGGAGUGUGCCCCUGGCUAUCCGUAAAUUUAAAAACAAGAAAAUGGUCCAGUCUGGUUUCCUUAAUAUAAGGAAUUUGAAAUUAUUUAUACUUUAACUUUAACUUUUGAUACGUAAGUAUAUUUUAGCAAUUACAUGUACUUUUGAUACUUAAGUAUAUUUAAAACCAAAUACUUUUAGACUUUUUCUUUGUCUUUUUUUAUUUAUUUAGGGGGUAGAUCGGCUUUAAUAUUGCAGAUAGAUUGUAACUUCCAUCAAUGUAAUUGUCUGCAACACUUUUUUCUCUCGCAUAUAUAUAUAUAUAUAUAUAUAUAUAUAUAUAUAUAUAUAUACACACACAUACAUGCAACAUUUUUAUCAAUUAUUAUAUUUGAGUUUAACCUCAAUAUUUGUUGCAUUUUUUUGUUCUGUCGUUUCUGGAGGAUUAAAUUGAAAUCGCAGCCAACUUUCUAUGGCUUGUUUUAGAAAAAGUGAUAUUUGGGAGAUUAUUUCCUUUUCAAAUAACUGAAAGUGAGAGGUUGUAAUCUGAAUAAAGGGAAAAAGUCCAUUCUUAAACAUUGGGUGAGACAAUCUUACUAAUUUGCUAGAGAACCAGUUUGGAUUUAAGUAUAACUUUUGUAUGACUGAAGCUUUUAGUGAUAGGUCUAAUGCUUUAAUACUUAAUAAUUUCUGUCCUCCAAAUUCAUAUUCAUUAUAUAAAUAGGCCCUUUUAAUUUUGUCUGGCUUGCCGUUCCAAAUAAAAUUGAAUAUUUUUUUCUCAUAUAGUUUAAAAAACUGUUCGCUAGGCGUAGGCAAGACCAUAAGCAAAUAGGUAAACUGGGAUAAUACUAAAGAGUUAAUCAGGGUGAUUUUUCCACAAAUUGACAGGUAUUUACCUUUCCAUGGUAGCUAGAUCUUAUCUAUUUUGCUAACUUUCUAUUAACAUUUAUUGGAGUGAGAUCAUUUAUUUCACUUGGGAUAUGUAUUCAGAGUAUAUCCACAUCACCAUCAGACCAUUUUAUUGUUAAACUACAUAGUAAUGUAAACAUUUUAUUUUUUAGUGAACGAUUACGUAAUAUAGUGCAUUUAUCAUAAUUUGUUUCUAAUCCAGAGAGGUUAGAAAAUGUAUCUAGAUCCUCUAUGAGGCUGUGGAGGGAUUCAAGUUGUGGAUUUAAAAGAAAACAUGAAUCAUCAGCGUACAAUGACAACUUUGUUUUUAAACCCUGGAUUUCUAAUCCCUUGAUAUUAUUGUUGGAUCUGAUUUUAAUAGCUAACAUCUCGAUGGCCAUAAUAAAUAGAUAUGCCGAUAGUGGACAACCUUGUUUCACUCCUCUUGACAGUUUAAAACUUUCUGAGAAAUAGCCAUUAUUUACUAUUUUACACCUAGGGUUACUAUACAUGAUUUUAACCCAUUUUAUAAGAGAUUCUCCAAAAUUGAAAUGCCCCAGGCAUUUAUAUAUAAACCCCAGUCGUACUUUAUCAAAUGCCUUUUCGAAGUCUGCUAUGAAUAGCAGGCCUGGUUUCCCAGAUUUUCCAUUGUGUUCUCUUGUUUCCAGUACUUGCCUUUUGUUAUCUCCAAUGUAUCUUCCAUGUAAAAAAACUGUCUGAUUAGAAUGAAUAAAGUCCGACAAUACCUUUUUAAUUCUAUGCGCUAUACAUUUUGCUAGAAUUUUUGCAUCACAACACUGAAGUGUAAGGGGCCUCCAAUUUUUUUAAUGGACUGGAUCUUUAUAUUUUCCACUUGUAUCCUGUUUCAGUAAUAAUGAAAUCAGACCUUCUUCUUGAGUGUCUGAUAAUCUACCAUUUACAUAGGAGUGAUUAAAACAUGCUAAUAACGGUCCUUUGAGUAUAUCAAAAAAGGUUUGGUAUACCUCGACUGGUAUGCCAUCCAAACCUGGAGUUGUCCCGGACUUAAAGUCUUUAAUUGCGUCCAGAAUUUCCUCCUCUAUAAUUUCAACUUCACUUGAGUCUUUCUGUAUGGCUGUUAAUUUUACAUUAUCAAUAGAAAAAAUAUCUCUGCAAUUAGCUUCAGUUAGAGGAGAUGGAGGCGACUGAAACAAAAACAUACAGUGGGGAAAAAAAGUAUUUAGUCAGCCACCAAUUGUGCAAGUUCUCCCACUUAAAAGGAUGAGAGAGGCCUGUAAUUUUCAUCAUAGGUACACGUCUACUAUGACAGACAAAAUGAGAAGAAAAAAAUCCAGAAAAUCACAUUGUAGGAUUUUUAAUACAUUUAUUUGCAAAUUAUGGUGGAAAAUAAGUAUUUGGUCAAUAACAAAAGUUUCUCAAUACUUUGUUAUAUACCCUUUGUUGGCAAUGACACAGGUCAAACGUUUUCUGUAAGUCUUCACAAGGUUUUCACACACUGUUGCUGGUAUUUUGGCCCAUUCCUCCAUGCAGAUCUCCUCUAGAGCAGUGAUGUUUUGGGGCUGUCGCUGGGCAACACGGACUUUCAACUCCCUCCAAAGAUUUUCUAUGGGGUUGAGAUCUGGAGACUGGCUAGGCCACUCCAGGACCUUGAAAUGCUUCUUACGAAGCCACUCCUUCGUUGCCCGGAUGGUGUGUUUGGGAUCAUUGUCAUGCUGAAAGACCCAGCCACGUUUCAUCUUCAAUGCCCUUGCUGAUGGAAGGAGGUUUUCACUCAAAAUCUCACGAUACAUGGCCCCAUUCAUUCUUUCCUUUACACGGAUCAGUCGUCCUGGUCCCUUUGCAGAAAAACAGCCCCAAAGCAUGAUGUUUCCACCCCCAUGCUUCACAGUAGGUAUGGUGUUCUUUGGAUGCAACUCAGCAUUCUUUGUCCUCCAAACACGACGAGUUGAGUUUUUACCAAAAAGAUCUAUUUUGGUUUCAUCUGACCAUAUGACAUUCUCCCAAUCCUCUUCUGGAUCAUCCAAAUGCACUCUAGCAAACUUCAGACGGGCCUGGACAUGUACUGGCUUAAGCAGGGGGACACGUCUGGCACUGCAGGAUUUGAGUCCCUGGUGGCGUAGUGUGUUACUGAUGGUAGGCUUUGUUACUUUGGUCCCAGCUCUCUGCAGGUCAUUCACUAGGUCCCCCCGUGUGGUUCUGGGGUUUUUGCUCACCGUUCUUGUGAUCAUUUUGACCCCACAGGGUGAGAUCUUGCAUGGAGCCCCAGAUCGAGGGAGAUUAUCAGUGGUCUUGUAUGUCUUCCAUUUUCUAAUAAUUGCUCCCACAGUUGAUUUCUUCAAACCAAGCUGCCUACCUAUUGCAGAUUCAGUCUUCCCAGCCUGGUGCAGGUCUACAAUUUUGUUUCUGGUGUCCUUUGACAGCUCUUUGGUCUUGGCCAUAGUGGAGUUUGGAGUGUGACUGUUUGAGGUUGUUGACAGGUGUCUUUUAUACUGAUAACAAGUUCAAACAGGUGCCAUUAAUACAGGUAACGAGUGGAGGACAGAGGAGCCUCUUAAAGAAGAAGUUACAGGUCUGUGAGAGCCAGAAAUCUUGCUUGUUUGUAAGUGACCAAAUACUUAUUUUCCACCAUAAUUUGCAAAUAAAUUCAUUAAAAAUCCUACAAUGUGAUUUUCUGGAGAAAAAAAAAUCUCAAUUUGUCUGUCAUAGUUUACAUUUACAUUUUAGUCAUUUAGCAGACGCUCUUAUCCAGAGCGACUUACAGUUAGUGAAUACAUAUAUAUAUAUAUAUAUAUAUUUUUUUUUAUACUGCCCCCCCCGGAAAACGAACCCACAACCCUGGCGUUGCAAACGCCAUGCUCUAUCAACUGAGCUACAUCCCUGCCGGCCAUUCCCUCCCCUACCCUGGACGACGCUGGGCCAAUUGUGCGCCGCCCAUGAGUCUCCCGGUCGCGGCCGGCUGCGACAGAGCCUGGAUUCGAACCAGGAUCUCUAGUGGCACAGUUAGCACUGCGAUGCAGUGCCUUAGACCACUGCAUCGCCACAUAGUUGACGUGUACCUAUGAUGAAAAUUACAGGCCUCUCUCAUCUUUUUAAGUGGGAGAACUUGCACAAUUGGUGGCUGACUAAAUACUUUUUUUCCCCACUGUAUAUCUCACUAGAUCAGGAUAUUUAAGCCUCCAUAUAUCUACUAGUUCUAAUGUAUCCAUGACAUUCAUUAUUUCCUUAAGAGCAUGAGGGUGUUUGUUUGUAGUGUGAUGUCCUUUACGGUCCAUUGAGCUAUUUAAAACGGUAUUAUAAUCUCCCACCAUAAUAAUAGAGUAUUGAAUUGCUUGCAGGUUUGAUAAUUUAUUAUAUAUAUUGUCAAAGAAGUGUGGAUCAUCAUUAUUUGGUCCGUAAAGGUUAAUGAGCCAUAUCUGUUUAUGGUCCAAUAAUGUUUUUAAAACAAUCCAUCUACCUUGCGUAUCUGUUUGGACAAUUUGCACAUUCGGAUCGAAAUUACUGUUAAUUAAUAUCAUUACCCCUUUUGAGUUUCUUUGCCCAUGGGAUAAGCAUAUCCCCCCCCCCCCCCCCCCCCCCCCCCCCUAAUGCUAAGCCAUUACAAUUAUAACUUGCUAUACCUAUUUCACCAUAUACCAUAAUGAGAUACAAGUUUCAAAUCUAUUUAUCAUUAUAUAUGUUUGUACAUUUGCCAAUAAAAAAUUGCUCAAUUGGUAGUGAUUGAGUGUCCAUAUAGCUGUACCAUGAUAUUUGCAUUGCUACUAAGUAACCCUCCAAUUCCCCUGCUAAAGCCCCAUAAUAAUGUUGGCAGUUCAUGCGUAGGAUUUUAACCUAUAACCCGGAUUGCCAUCGUAUUACAUUACAUUUUUGACAAGCAAUUAUUAUUUUAGCAAACAAUUAUUGUGGUUCAUCCUAUAUUCUCCCUAACAUCCUUACCCCCUUGCAACAGAUGUGGGAUAAACACACACGCACAUACUCCAACACACUCAACCCCUUUCCUCCACAAUCAACCAUAAAAUCAGAUGCUCAACGGUUGUUACAUCCCAGAGCCCAAACUCAAGAAAGGACCUGAUAUUACGAAUGCAUACACAAAUGCAUAUACAGUUAAAGCUGUUUGAGAAAGCAUGCGAGAUUGAGCAAAAAUUGACAACAAUGUGAGAUUUGAUUACUUUAAGACUUUUACUGAAGUAGUAUUUUACUGGUUGACUUUAACUUUUACUUGAGUCAUUUUCUAUUAAGGUAUCUUUACUUUUACUCAAGUAUGACAAUUGGGUACUUUUUUCCACCACUAGCUAAAGUUAAUAAAACAGUAACUGCAAUCAUGUCAUGUGGAAUCAUGUCUCUACUUUCUUCACUUGUUCUUGAAAACCAUAUUUUAUAUAUGGUUAUUCUUUCUGAUCUCAUAUUACUUGAAAAUGUCAGGAAAACACUGUAAUCAUGGACUUCAUACCUGAGGAAUAAUCGCUCGAAGUAUGUACAAAUUACUUUCAAUCGACAGAAAAAAAUAAACACACUGUGGCAAACCUUUGAUAGAAAAAGCAUUUCAGUCCCGACAAUGAACAACUUGUACCAGGGACAAUGGCGCAAUAAGCCCUGCCAUAUCUGUCUGCAGAGCGGUGCAAUCUGUUCUUCAAUGGACUUGUUUUGUUAUUCUCUCCAUGUAAUAGCUUUCUGUCUGUCAGCGUGUGUUGAUGCUGAGAGCAGACUUGAAAGGCACUACAUGAAACCUGUCAUUUGCAACACUUUCUCAGCUCAACACCUAACGGUGCGCUGGUUUUUAAACCAUAUCACCCUGUGUUAACCUUUUCAUUCAUCAGCUUUUAUUAUGUGACUAUUGGAUUAAAAUAUCAAAAUACAUUUUUUUUUUUAAAGCAAAUAUUUGGUAAACAAAUCAAAUCCAACCUAUUUUGAUGAUUCUAAUAUUGAAAGGUCUCGUGAGAGGUUCAUCGUGGCAGAUUAUCAGAUAUUCCAAUACCUGUCUGCUGUGUGAAUAUCAUCUCAUGGCUGAGAGCUAGCUAGCCAGGGUAUAUACCAAUUAAAUAUGUGAUAUCCUAUAAAAAGGACAGCUCACAACCGGAUAAUAUGAGGAUUUAAAACUUCACAAUUUAUUUCACAUGGUGAGCAUGAAGACGUAUUGAAUUAUUCCAGGGAUUCAUAUUGCAGCGGUUAAUACUCCUGUGGCUUUAAAUACAUAAUGUCUUUAGGAGUAAGAGCUCUGAGGUAAUAACAGACAACAGGAACAAAUAUGCCACAGAAACCAUCUCCUACUCCAUAAACUGAAAUACAUCAACUAUUACAUUCUAGUACAUUCUGUAACAUGUCAUGUCAGACUAAGUGACAUAUAACUACAGUGGUUACGUCCAUAUUACUACAUAGAGCAUAUAUUCGUCAACGUAUUUCUUAAUUACAUUAUACCAAUGUAGAAUAUAAUACAGUUUACAGUAUACAAUCAUAUCUGUCAUUUCACAGACACUUUUUAUCCAAAGCGACUUACAGUAGUGCGUGCAUGCAUUUUCUUAUGGGUGGCCCCCAACAGGAAUCGAACCCAACAACCCUGGUGUUGCAAGCUUCCCUAACAACGGCGCCACAAAGGACCAUGUCCUAUAAUACUGUGUUCGUUAUCUCAUGGAAUGCUUUUUGGUUCUACCCCCUUUUCUCCCCAGGUGUGUGUUUAGAACUCCCGAGUCUCCCGAGUGGCGCAGUGGUCUAAGGCACUGCAUCGCAGUGCUAGCUGUGCCACUAGAGAUCCUGGUUUGAAUCCAGGCUCUGUCGUAGCCGGCCGCGACCGGGAGACCCAUGGGGCGGCGCACAAUUGGUCCAGGGUAGGAAAGGGAAUGGCUGGCAGGGAUGAUAUCAGCAGGGUUGUGGGUUCGAUUCCCAUGGGGGGGCCAGUAUGAAAAAAUAAUUUAAAAAAAUAAUGUAUGCACUCACUAACUGUAAGUCGCUCUGGAUAAGAGCGUCUGCUAAAUGACUAAAAUGUAGAACAAUAUUAUUGUAGUGUGCCGUUUCAAAGGGUUCAAAGAGUGGAACAUCAACUUGAAGGAAAGUUAAGACCUGACAGAGGCAGCGUACUGGCGCUCGAGUCUACAAAACACACGUUUAUCCUUGACAGGCAACCACCAUCUCUAUUAUCUGGCGUGACACACACACCAGUGGGAACUGGUCAGGCAUUACUGAUCCAAUUGGCAUCCUUGCAUUUUUUCACGCUAAUCUCUCCUCAGGUGUGUGGUGUGGACGGGUGACGACAGAGUAUUCUUCUUCAACCCGACGAUACAACUCUCUGUUUGGGACCAGCCGGUAGAUCUGAAGGACCGCGGAGAGGAUCUCAACCGGAUUAUAGAAGAUCCUCCACAUAAACGCAAAAAGGAUUGUUUGUCCAGUAAGUUAAUGGUUCUUCUUCCCCAUUGGCUUGGUCUCAUCCCUCCGUAGAGUUGGACCCAGUUAGAACGGUUCUUAACGAAGUGGGUAUUUACCCGGCCGUGGCUUCAGAUGGAACUGAAAAGCUCGUUAUCAGUCCGCUGUUUUUUUUUUGUAAUGAUUCCAACGUGUUUUUAAUGAUCUGUUAAUAUGGAGGCCAAUAAAAUGCAUCAUCGAAUGAUCAUCCUGAUCAUCCUGAUAUACUAGAUCCUAUAUACAGUGUUUCGGGUUCCAUUGCCUGUCGACCCCAGACUACCAGAGGAUCUUGAUGCCUGUGUUCAUUGAAGCAGAUGAUGAUCACGAAUGGAAAAUCCAACGUGGAACCUUUAGGAUGUGAAACCAUCUCAUGGCUGGGUCCCAAAUGCCACCCUAUUCCCUAUUUAGUGCACUACUUUAGACCAGGGCCUAUAGGGUCCAUAGGGCUCUGGUUAAAAUAUAGAUCACUAUAUCGGUAAUAGGGUUCCAUUUGGGAUGCAUCCCAUCUCCUUUUGUGUUCUAGCAGAAUAGAUCACAUGGAAGUCCUACGUGUGACUGGCUCUGUAAAUAUUGAAUUACAUUGGAACUUGUCAGCAAAGAUAUUAUCUCCCCUGACUAGAUUUCCCAGAGGGUGGUUUGUCUCUAUUGAUUUAGCCUUAUUGCGGUUACCAGCUGAUUAUGUAUCGAUGACCUUUUACCUGUCUGAACUUCACUGUUCCAACAAAGCAUGUCUGGCAAAUUAGCUUUGGUAAAUAUGUGGACAACCCCAAUGACCUGAACAUUGACUCUUGGCUGAUAAGAUGGUGGGCAGCAACGCUACUCUAGUCUGAUAGAUUCUCUCAUAGUGGUUUUUAAUGACCGAUGUUAUGAAGUCGGAGUCCAUUGAAAAAAGGAUGUGUGCUAUCUAUGGUUCCUCUGUGUAUCCAUUCUCUUAGCAGAGGAUGGUUCUAAGUAACUCUCCGUCAGCUAAUGACGAUGCUAAUUCACAGUGGAUUUUAAUGACCAAUCAUAUGAAGUCUGAGUCCAUUGAAAAAGGAUGUGUGCUUUGGUUCUGUCUGUGUGUCCGUUAUCUCAGCAGAGGAUGAUUCUAACUCUCCGUCUGCUGAUGACGAUGAUGAUGAUGAUGAUGAUGAUGAUGAAGAGCAUUAUUCAAAAACCAAGAGGAACAAGUGAGUGUCCGAAGGUUUUUCCCAUCUUAACCAUACUCAUAGUAUAGCAUUACAAUGAUACUUCUCUACAGAACAAUCAUAUUUUUGAAGUCAUGGGAGUACUUUUUGUAAAAAAUGAUAAUGUACAAAUACACUGUACAGUACUGUACACUACUUUUAACCAGAAGCGCUGUCGGCCCUGGUCAAAAGUAGAUCGCUGUAUAGGGAGUAGGGUGCUAUUUGGGACGCAUCCUACAACUGUUUCUUUGUUUGUGUCCUCCUCAGACUGGAGGAACCUGCGGAAGCCAAUCGGGACCUGAGAGAGACGGCAGGCGGAGAGACAUUCGGCACUCCUCCCCAUCGGACUGUUCUACCUUUAGAGCUACGUAUCACGCACUUCAGGGACAUGCUCCUUGAAAGACGGGUAAAGUCAUUUUUUGAACGGAAUACAAAAUCUUAAAUGCACUUAGGCUGAGUUUAGACAGGCAGCCCAAUUCUGAUAUAUUUUCCACUAAAUUGGGUCUUUUGAACAGUCACAUCAGAUCUUUUCACAUCAGAUAUAUUUUUUCAGAUGUGAUCUGAUUUGGUCAAAAGACCGGUUAGUGAAACAAUUAUCCGAUUUGGGCUGCCUGUAUAAAUGCAGCCACAGAGACGGACCUAGAUUCUAAUGGUUUUCCCUGAGAAAAUAACUAAAUCCAUAUGGGGACUCAAAUCCCUGUAUUGCAACUAAUCGUCAAGGGACACAGGGACCAGGAACUGCACAAGCAGCAAAAACUCUAAAUGAUGGAAAGACCUAGAUUAUGUUGCAAUUUGGAUGUAUGAUGGAAAUACCUACAUCAUGUUACAGUUUGGAUGUACCGAAUGUCUUCUUGAAUAUGGUUUCUCUUCCUUUUCAGGUUUCAGCUUUUUCUACAUGGGAGAAAGAACUGCACAAGAUUGUGUUUGAUCCGCGGUAUCUUCUGCUCACCUCUGCAGAAGAGAGGAAACAGGUGAACUCUGCUGGAUGUCCUCUCUUAAAUGGUCCUGUUUGAUUAAAAGGACCAAUCCAAUUUCCCUUCAAAGUCCGAGACAGCAUGGAUACUAGGGGGGUGUGCCAAGAAUUAAGACAAAACAAGUAUCCUAGUGGAUAUUUCCUGAUACGAUUAUGAUCCGAGUAUUUUUUGUAAUUAUCUGUGAUCGGAAAAAAUAAUACAUUGGGUGGCAGUGCGCAUCUUUCAAUCAAGUGCAAGGUGCUCAGUGGUCUAAAUAAGUCAACUGGCUAGUUUGCUUGUCUGUAAAGAGAAGGGCGGGCUGUACGUUGAUCCUGCUGUUAUGAUUGGAUGGAGGGAAGCUGUCCUAAUGGAUAUGCUCCCAAUAUAUGAUUACUGUCAUUUGUGUCCUCGGAGAAAGCAUUAUGUCGGUAAAACUCCGCAAAAACCUUUGGGAUGACUUGUUGAGGUUUUUGUCAUGUUGCAUUGCCCUAUGUACAUAGACAUGGAACACUGGUCACUUUUUUAAUAAUGUUUACAUACUGUUUUACCCACUUCAUAUGUACAGUAUAUACUGUAUUCUAGUCAAGUCCAUCCUAUUCAAAUAUUGCUGUACAUAUACUAUUCUAUCGUAUGUAGCUCAGCUGGUAGAGCACGGCGCUUGUAACGCUCAGGGUAGUGGGUUCGAUCCCCGGGACCACCCAUACGUAAAAAUGUAUGCACGCAUGACUGUAAGUCGCUUUGGAUAAAAGCGUCUGCUAAAUGGCAUAUUAUUAUUAUUAUUAUACACUAUUUAUUCUAUCCACAUACUGUCCAUAAUGUCUGUACAUCCUAUCACAUAUAUACAUAUAUAUAUUUAUACUCCGGACUCCAACGUUGCUCAUAAUAAUAUGUCCAUAUAUCUUAAUUCCAUUCUUUUACUUUUAGAUUUGUGUAUAUUGUUGUGAAUUGUUAGAUAUUACUGCACUGUUGAAGCUAGGAACACAAGCGUUUCGUUACACCAGCAAUAACAUCUGCUAAAUAUGUGUACGUGACCAGUAACGUUUUGAUUUGAUUUAUCCUGUCAGUCAACGUGAGAGGAGUUAAGUCGACGGUGAAGAGUAUUAGGAUACAGCCGUCGUAUUUGCCUUGUAAAGACCUUCAAAGUCAUUUUCUUGUGCCGACCAUGAUUGUGUCCCUACCUCCAGGUGUUUGACCAGUUUGUCAAAGUGAGGAUGAAGGACGAAUACAGGGAGAAAAAGAGCCAACUGCUGCAAGCAAAAGACCAGUAUAGAAAACUGCUAGAGGAGUCCAAAAUCACAUCCAGGUAAAAUCUGCAGCUAACUGUAUAAUACAUUACAGGUACAGUAGGGGAUUUUAACUAUUCAACAAAGCUUCAUAAUAGCAUCAUACAAAAUAGCUUCAUACUUCAUAACAGCUAUUCAACAAAGCUUCGUAGUAGGUUUAUGCAAAAUUGCUUCAUACUUCAAAAUAGCUUUUCAACAAAGUUUCAUAAUAGCUUCAUGCAAAGUAGCUUUAUACUUCAUAAUAGUUAUUCAACAUGUAUAUGUAUAGGUAUGUGUGGGAUCUGUGUGUCAUUGUCUGCGUUUAAACAGGCAGCCGUCCUUCCUGUAUGUUGUCUCAGGCAGAGAGCAAAGGCAUGUCUGGUAGAACUACACCACCCCACUGCCAGAAUGUAAUAUAGAACUACACCACCCCACUAAUAAUGUAAUAUAGAACACCACCACCCCACUAAUAAUGUAAUAUAGAACUACACCACCCCACUGCCAGAAUGUAAUAUAGAACUACACCACCCCACUAAUAAUGUAAUAUGGAACACCACCACCCCACUAAUAAUGUAAUAUUGAACUACACAACCACACUAAUAAUGUAAUAUAGAAUUACACCACCCCACUGUCAGAAUGUAAUAUAGAACUACACCACCCCACUAAUAAUGUAAUAUAGAACUACACCACCCCACUAAUAAUGUAAUAUAGAACUACACCACCCCACUAAUAAUGUAAUAUAGAACUACACCACCCUACUAAAAAUGUAAUAUUGAAAUACACCACCCCACUAAUAAUUUAAUAUAGAACUACACCACCCCACUAAUAAUGUAAUAUAGAACUACACCACCCCACUGUCAGAAUGUAAUAUUGAACUACACCACCCCACUGAUAAUGUAAUAUAGAACUACACCACCCCACUGCCAGAAUGUAAUAUUGAACUACACCACCCCACUAAUAAUUUAAUAUAGAACUUCACCACCCCACUAAUAAUGUAAUAUAGAACUACAUCACCCCACUAAUAAUGUAAUAUAGAACUACACCACCCCACUAAUAAUGUAAUAUUGAACUACACCACCCCACUAAUAAUGUAAUAUAGAACUACACCACCCCACUAAUAAUGUAAUAUUGAACUACACCACCCCACUGCCAGAAUGUAAUAUUGAACUACACCACCCCACUAAUAAUGUAAUAUUGAACUACACAACCCCACUGCCAGAAUGUAAUAUUGAACUACACCACCCCACUAAUAAUGUAAUAUUGAACUACACCACCCCACUGUCAGAAUUUAAUAUUGAACUACACCACCCCACUAAUAAUGUAAUAUUGAACUACACCACCCCACUAAUAAUGUAAUAUAGAACUACACCACCCCACUAAAAAUAUAAUAUAGAACUACAUCACCCUACUAAUAAUGUAAUAUAGAACUACACCACCCCACUAAUAAUGUAAUAUUGAACUACUCCACCCCACUAAUAAUGUAAUAUAGAACUACACAACCCCACUAUUAAUGUAAUAUAGAACUACACCACCCCACUAAUAAUGCAAUAUUGAUCUACACCACCCCACUAAUAAUGUAAUAUAGAACUACACCAUCCCACUAAUAAUGUAAUAUAGAACUACACCAACCCCCUUAUAAUGUAAUUUUGAACUCCACCACCCCACUAAUAAUGUAAUAUAGAACUACACCACCUCACUAAUAAUGUAAUAUAGAACUACACCACCCCACUAAUAAUGUAAUAUAGAACUACACCACCCCACUAAUAAUGUAAUGUAGAACUACACCACCCCACUAAUAAUGCAAUAUUGAACUACACCACCCCACUAAUAAUGUAAUAUUGAACUAUACCACCCCACUAAUAAUGUAAUAUAGAACUACACCACCCCACAAAUAAUGUAAUAUAGAACUACACCACCCUACUAAUAAUGUAAUAUAGAACUACACCACCCUAUUAAUAAUGUAAUAUUGAAAUACACCACCCCACUAAUAAUUUAAUAUAGAACUUACCACCCCACUAAUAAUGUAAUAUAGAACUACACCACCCCACUGUCAGAAUGUAAUAUUGAACUACACCACCCCACUGAUAAUGUAAUAUAGAACUACACCACCCCACUGCCAGAAUGUAAUAUUGAACUACACCACCCCACUAAUAAUUUAAUAUAGAACUUCACCACCCCCACUAAUAAUGUAAUAAGAACUACAUCACCCCCACUAAUAAUGUAAUAUAGAACUACACACCCACCCACUAAUAAUGUAAUAUAGAACUACACCACCCCACUUAUAAUGUAAUAUUGAACUACACCACCCCACUAAUAAUGUAAUAUAGAACUACACCACCCCACUUAUAAUGUAAUAUAGAACUACACCACCCCACUUAUAAUGUAAUAUUGAACUACACCACCCCACUAAUAAUGUAAUAUAGAACUACACCACCCUACUAAUAAUGUAAUAUAGAACUACACCACCCCACUAUUAAUGUAAUAUAGAACUCCACCACCCCACUAAUAAUGUAAUAUAGAACUCCACCACCCCACUAAUAAUGUAAUAUUGAACUCCAUCACCCCACUAAUAAUGUAAUAUAGAACUACACCACCCCACUAAUAAUGUAAUAUAGAACUACACCACCCCACUUAUAAUGUAAUAUUGAACUACACCACCCCACUAAUAAUGUAAUAUAGAAUACACAACCCCACUAAUAAUGUAAUAUAAAACUACACCACCCCACUAAUAAUGUAAUAUAGAACUACACCACCCCACUAAUAAUGUAAUAUAGAACUCCACCACCCCACUAAUAAUGUAAUACAUACAGUGCAUUCAGAAAGUAUUCAGACCUCUUCCCUUUUUCCACAGUUUGUUAUGUUACUCCUUUUUCUAAAAUGGAUUAAAUACAUUUUUCUCCUCAUUAAUCUACAAACGAUACCCCAUAAAGACAAUGUGAAAACAGAUUUUUAUAAAUUUUAGCACAUUUAUAAAAAAAAGUAUUCAGACCCUUUAUUAUGAGACUCGAAAUUGUGCUCAGGUACAUCCUGCUCCCAUUGAUUCCCUUCCUUGAGAAUGUUCCACAACUUGAUUGGAGUCCACCUAUGGUAAAUUCAAUUGAUUGGACAUGAUUUGGAAAGGCACACAUGACUAUAUAAGGUCCCACAGUUGACAUUGUUUGUCAGAGCAAAAACCAAGCCAGAAGGUUGACGGAAUUGUCCGUAGAGCUCCGAGACAGGAUUGUGUCGAGGCACAGAUCUGGGGAAGGGUACCAAAAAAUGUCUGCAGGAUUGAAGGUCCCCAAGAACACAAUGGCCUCCAUCAUUCUUAAAUGGAAGAAGUUUGGAACCACCAAUAAUCUUCCUAGAGCUGGCCGCCCGGUCAAACUGAACAAUCGGGGGAGAAGGGUCUUGGUCACGGAGGUGGCCAAAAACACUAUUCUCACUCUGACAGAGCUCCAGAGUUCCUCUGUGGAGAUGGGAUAACCUUCCAGAUGGACAACUAUAUCUGCAGCUCUCCACCAAUCAGGCCUUUACGGUAGAGUGGCCAGAGAAGCAACUCCUCAGUAAAUGGCACAUGACAGCCCGCAUCGAGUUUGCAAAAGGCACCAAAAGACUCUCAGACCAUGAGAAAAAAUAUGAUCUGAUUUGAUGAAACCAAGAUUGAACUCUUUGGACUGAAUGCCAAGCGUCAUGUCUGGAGGAAACCUGGGACCAUCCCCUACUGUGAAGCAUGGUGGUGGCAGCAUCAUGCUGUGGGGAUGUUUUUCAGCGGCAGGGACUGGGAGACUAGAUAGGAUCGAGGGAAAGAUGAAUGUAGCAAAGCACAGAGAGGUCCUUGAUGACAACCUGACAGAGCUUGAGAGGAUUUCCAGAGAAGAAUGGGAAAAACUCCCCAAAUACAGGUGUGCCAAGCUUGUAGCGUCAUACCCAAGAAGACUUGAGGCUGUAGUCGCUGCCAAAGGUGCUUCAACAAAGUGCUGUGUAAUGGGUCUGAAUGCUUAUGUAUUAAAAUUUCUAUUUUAAUUUUUAAUAGAUUUGCAAACAUUCCUAAAAACCUGUUUUUGUCAUUAUGGGGUAUGGUGUGUAAAAAACAAUUUAAUCAUUUUUAGAAUAAGGCUGUAACGUAACAAAAUGUGGAAAAAGUCAAGGGGUCUAAAUACUUUCCGAAGGCACUGUAUAUAUACUACCAGUCAAAAGUUUGGACACACCUACUCAUUCAAGGGUUUUUCUUUAUUUUUUUAUAUUUUCUGUAUUGUAAAAUAAUAGUGAAGACAUCAAAACUAUGAAAUAACACAUAUGGAAUCAUGUAGUAACCAAAAACGUGUUAAACAAAUCAAAAUAUAUUUUUAUUUAAGUGUCACAUGAUCUGUCACAUGAUCUCAGUUAAUAAACACUUGUGUUCUCGGGGUGAUGAGAGGUGUUGGGUUUGCACCGGACAUAGUGUUUUCCUUGAUGGCCAAAAAGCUUCAUUUUAGUCUCAUCUGACCAGAUUACCUUCUUCCAUAUGAUUACCUUCUUCCAGAUUACCUUCUUCCAUCCCUAGGUGGGACGGAGGUUCACCUUCCAACAGGACAAUGACCCUAAGCAUACUGCUACAGUAACACUCGUGUGGUUUAAGGGGAAACAUUUAAAUGUCUUGGAAUGGCCUAGUCAAAGCCCAGACCUCAAUCCAAUUGAGAAUCUGUGGUUUGACUUAAAGAUUGCUGUACACCAGCAGAACCCAUCCAACUUGAAGGAGCUGGAGCAGUUUUGCCUUGAAGAUUGGGCAGAAAUCCCAGUGGCUAGAUAUGCCAAGCUUAUAGAGACAUACCCCAAGAGACUUGCAGCUGUAAUUGCUGCAAAAGGUGGCUCUACAAAGUAUUGACUUUGGGUGGUGAUUAGUUAUGCACGCUCAAGUUUUCUGAUUUUUGUCUUAUUUCUUGUUUGUUUUUACAAUAAAAAAUAUUUUGCAUCUUCAAAGUGGUAGGCAUGUUGUGUAAAUCAAAUGAUACAAACCCCCCAAAAAUCCAUUUUAAUUCCAGGUUGUAAGAUAAAAAAAUAGGAAAAAUGGCAAGGCGGGUGAAAACUGUAUAUACACCACCGUUCAAAAGUUUGUGGUCACUUAGAAAUGUCCUUGUUUACGAAAGAAAAGCAUUUUUUUUCUCCAUUAAAAUAACAUCAGAUUUAUCAGAAAUAUAGUGUAGACACUGUUAAUGUUGUAAAUGGCUAUUGUAGCUGGAAGCGGCUGAUUUUUAAUGGAAUAUCUACAUAGGCGCACAGAGGCCCAUUAUCAGCAACCAUCAGUCCUGUGUUCCAAUGACACGUUUUGUUUGCUAAUCCAAGUUUGUCAUUUUAAAAGGCUAAUUGAUCAUUAGAAAACCCUUUUGCAAUUAUGUUAGCACAGCUGAAAACUGUUGUGCUGAUUAAAGAAGCAAUAUAACUGGCCUUCUUGAGAAUAGUUGAGUAUCUGGAGCAUUAGCAAUUGUGUGUUCGAUUACAGGAUAAAAAUGGCCAGAAACAAAUAACUUUCUUCUGAAACUCGUCAGUCUAUUCUUGUUCUGAGAAAUGAAGGCUAUUCCAUGUGAGAAAUUGCCAAGAAACUGAAGAUCUCGUACAACACUGUGUACUACUCCCUUCACAGAACAGCGCAAACUGGCUCUAACCAGAAUAGAAAGAGGAGUGGGAGGCCCCGGUGCACAACUGAGCAAGAGGACAAAUACAUUAGAGUGUCUAAUUUGAAAAACAGGCGCCUCACAGGUCCUCAACUGGCAGCUUCAUUAAAUAGUACCCGCAAAACACCUCUCAACGUCAACAGUGAAGAGGCGACUUCGGGAUGCUGACCUUCUAGGCAGAAUUGCAAAGAAAAAGUCAUAUCUCAGACUGCCCAUCUUAAUCUUUUCUUUUUAUUGGCCAGUCUGACAUAUGCCUUUUUCUUUGCAACUCUGCCUAGAAGGUCAGCAUCCCGUAGUCGCCUCUUCAUUGGUGUUUUGCGGGUACUAUUUAAUGAAGCUGCCAGUUGAGGAUCUGUGAGGCGCCUGUUUCUCAAAUUGAAAACAAGAACAUUUCUAAGUUACCACAAACUUUUGAACAGUGGUGUAUAUAAUCCAAUAUUAGCUUGUAAUAACUUCAUAGCCCAAAGCACACUAGUGAAAUCAAGCCUGUAUAGAUGCACGAUGCAUUAAGAAUGCUUUUUAAAUCAAGCUGAACAAAACAAAUAAUAACGCAAAAUUCACGAUAUUGAUCAUGUUAUUCUAAGAAAAGUAAAUUAUUAACUGUCGACUUUGGGGAAGAGGAAAAUGAAUAUUGUUUUCUCAAGACUAUAUAAUUUAAGAUGUAAAUAAGCUGCUGGAUCAGGGGAUUUGUUAAUAAAAGAAAAAUAAGAUUGCUUGUUGUCAGCAUGUUGUGGCUUCCCAUUUAGCUUUCCCCUUUAAUCAACCGCAGUGAUGAGCAAAAAUAAUUCUCUCUGGAUUACAAUACUUCUAUAACUGACUAUCUUUCUCUUUAGGUAAUGACUAACCGUGUGGACAUAGUUCUCUGUGUUCUAUGGCUUUUUUUAACUCUUGCUUAUUCUUUUUCAUAACUGUUGCUAAUAACUGCUUAUUUAAAAAAAACACAACAAAUUACUGAGCUUUUCAAAAAAAAAAUACUACAGUUAUGCAUGUUUGCGUGUUUCAAAACCAUAAUUGUCUAACAUGACUAAAAACUGAAGAACCAAGUAGCUCUAGUUUUUACUGUAUUUAGACUUGUGAAGACAUCCCAUCCUCCCUCCAACACCUUUCUCAAGGAUGAUCUAUUAUUUUCUCUAUUGCCAGGUCAACUUUCAAAGAGUUUUCUGAUAACUACGGCCGCGACCUGCGCUUCAAGCAAGUGCUGAAGAAGAAAGACCAAGAGCACUUCUUCAACCAAUUCAUCAUCGUGCUGAAGAAGAGAGACAAAGAGAACCGCAUGAGGCUGAGGAAGAUGAGAUGAGGAAGUGUGAGGCUGAGGAAGAUGAGAUGAGGAGGUAUGAGACUGAGGGAGAUGAGAUGAGGAGGUAUGAGGCUGAGGGAGAUGAGAUGAGGAAGUGUGAGGCUGAGGGAGAUGAGAUGAGGAAGUGUGAGGCUGAGGAAGAUGAGAUGAGGAAGUAUGAGGAGGCACCAGGCUGUGAAAUAGGCCUCCCAGAAUACAGAAUACUGUGAAUGGAUUGAGCUGUCGGAGAAAUUAGACUGUAGGAACAGCUAGCAGGACCACUGUGGAAUCAGUCUAAAAGGGGAGAAAGCAGCAGACAGUCCUUUGCCUUGCAAACGCUUCUCCAGAUUUAGAGUCAGCUGGGUCAGAGCUGGCUUGGCUCCACAUGCUGAGCAGGUAAUCCAGCUAACUCUCAGAGAUUGAAUACUGUUUCAUAUUGAAGCUACUGUAUAAUUUGAAAUUCAACGUUUCACAUGUUUUGAGUCACAGGUGACAAACAUGAAUUGAGCAUUAUUUCUGCAUUUAUUUUUGGGGUUAUCACAUGACCUGUGUGUAAAUAUGAAUGUGUGGUGUACACAAUCACACACCCCAUGCACAAUAAAAAAGGACAUCAUGUACAUAUACAGAACACAAUCCUGCAAGAGCAAUUGGUAUUUUUAACAAUUUCAAACAAGAUUCUCCACAGCAUCUGUGAGAAUCAAUGGAUGGUUAUUGUGUAUUGGUGGAUUUUGUAAAUGUCUAAAAAGGUACAUUGUGAUUAUGAUGUGGAAGGAGAAGUUAAGGUUGCUUAUUUGUCAUUUCAACAGGCAUUCUUGUGAAAGUCAUUAUGUAGUGCAUUCUCUGUAACAGGUGAGGACAUUGUGUGAAGAUUAUAAUAGGACUGUUGUUUGUUUCUGGACAUCGGAUUUGCAGAUAAUAUAGUUUACUGUACAAAACAGUGUCUUAAAUGUGUUAUGUUCUGUCAUGUAUUUUUCAAUUAAACAUGCAAUGUUUGUG